AUAAUCCUCGGUUCCACCACAGACACAGUGGCACACAACACGGCUGAGCUGCCGCUGGAUCUGGAUGCAGGCGUCCCUGGAUUCCGCUCCUCUUAGUCCGGGCCCGUCGCACUAACAACUUAAAGGGACAACAAUGGUGCACGCCUCGGCGGCUGAAUCCGUGGCUGCUGGUCGUUUUGUAGACCGGGGAUCGCGGUCAGUGUGACAUCCACUUGCACGUUGGUGUUGAGUUUAUUGUUCUGGUCCUAGACGCAGCAGAGCAGCGUUUCUCAGAGAAGAUGUUGAGCAGAUUUAAGAGUGGAAGCACCAGGAAUCUUGAGCGGGAAUACAGCUGCACCGUCAGACUGCUGGAUGAUACGGAAUAUACGUGCACCAUUCAGGUUAGUCACCUGUCGACCACAGUUUUCCCCUCACUCCGCAGAGACACUGUUUAGCGCUGCAAUUGUGUCUGACCUGGCAGACAGAGAGGCGAGUGUUGGAGCAGCAAUGGGACUGCGAGUGCCUGCUUGUCCCAAUGCUGGUGCCAACCAAGACAAACAUAUAGCAGCUGAAUGCAAACGUACAGAGUUAUAUGUCAUUUCAAACAUCAUAAGAGGGGCCUGGAGCAACAUAUUUCUCUCACAUGACCCACUAAUAGAAGAAAACACGAGUGGUUUUGAUAGCAGGCUGUGUGGGACGUCAAGGAUCUCUGUAGGACAGACAUGACAUUUCCCCCAAGCUCCGGUUGAUGGAGUGUCAGAAGCACUUUGCACUCUUAAGUGUCUGACUGAAAUGGCUUUUAUAUAGUAUUAUUUUCCAUAAUGCGUCUCUUAGCUCGAGGGAGUGUUGAUAAUAGAUUGCUGCUCAUUGGCUCAUCAUUGCCCAUGCAGUUUCCCUUGAACCUUGGCAUCAAUAAUGCACAUGGGGUAUCCCAUUGCUGCUCUGGAAAACAUGCCUGUGAAGUUUCAAUGUAACCUCUGUAGAUCUACACUUGUGGGAGCUAAUUUAUGUCAAAGUGGCCUAUUAUGGCCUUCAAUGACAUUUUCUUCAGUAUACUAGAUGGUACUGUGCCACAGGGGAAGACAACACAGAGUUGUUUUCAAAGAAAGACAGCUAGUUAAAACAAAAACAGCACCAGGCCCUGAUGUUAAAAAAUCUCUGCUGUUUUUGUUUCCCAAACAAGCUAUGCUUUGAUAACUGUGCAGCUAAAUGUUCAUGCUGGUUUCAUAAAAAGUAGGUGAGGUGGCCUGCCACAUCAAUUACAAGACAAAGAUAUUAUUUCCUUUGUGCAGGCUCAACAGUUGUAGUUGAAAGGAAAUCCUCAAAGAAUCCCCCUGACUAUUCAGCAACAUGUGGACACAUCAACUCUUUCUCAAAAUACAGAGAAAAUAUACCAUCUGAAAUGUGAUUUGGAAAAUAUGACAUAGCAACAAGGCAGGUAUGAUUUCUAUCACUUUGAUACCAUCAGUUAAAAUCAGCUAAAAUGCAGUUGCAUCUCUUUUUCUCCCACACACGCAAGCGUGAAACAGAUACUGCAAUUACUGUGGGAUGGUGACUGUGUGCCCAGGUUGUAAACAGACCUGCGUUUCUGCUCAGAGCUGAGCCAGAGAUGGAGCUGGGCCAGAUGGACUGUGAAGCCAGCAGGUGUGCUGCUUGCAGCAGAGUCGUGUGGUCUGGGUGGCUGACGUCAGCAGGCUGGAAGAAGGGGAGUGGAGUGAAAAAGAAAAAUGCUCCGGCUCUGCUGUGACUGUCUGACAGCCUGACCAUCUUUCUGUCCUGCCACGGCCCUCAGAGAUUGCAUGCUAAUCCACCUGACAUUGAGUUCAAAUGUUGCCCUUCAUUCAUUCCUACCUGCCUUGCAGGCCUCAUUUUGGCUUGCAGAAUUCAUAAUCACCCAGGAUACAGGACACCUAGACUAGGGAAUGCAAAGUAAGAGGGAUAACUAGGUCACAUGUUCUGAGCCUUGAUCUCCUUCCACCUCCACUGUGUCCCUGUGUCUUCUUUUUUCCCUUCUGUUGAAGUGUGCUGAGAUUUUACUUCCACUGGAUCUGUUCCCAGAACACUCCGAACCUUUCCCUAAAUUGUUAAAUAUCUUUAAAUUUAGCUACCAGCCUUUAAAAGGACAUGGACAUUAGUUAAUAUCAACCAAACAUGUGUGUGCUACAGCUGUGCAGGAAGAAACAGGACAGGAAGUGUGUCUGUGUUUCUAAAGCAGUAGCAGCUGUUAAUGCAUGAAUUUAAGUUUUCAUUUAAUGAAUUAUGGAUCCUUCCACCAUGUUUUGGGGGGUGGGGGAGAGGAAGAGAAAAAGUGAGCACUCAUCAGCACACUGUGGAUUUAGCCCCCAUGUAGUGAAGGGUUGAUGGAAGUGCCUGAAAUCCUGGGCUGCCCUCAGGCUUCUUCUGCUCUCUGAUUCGAAUUUAAUGCAGUGUUGCAGCAGAGAGUCAGACUAAGACCAGGCCAUACAUUAGCUCUGUUAUAUGUAUUUUUGCAAAUGUACAGAUAGAUUUGAUAUAAUAAAGAUACCACCCAUCUGUUAAAGACACAGCAUCCUCUUCCUUUGUAGGUCUGCUCCUGCAGUCGAGCAUUUUUCUAAUUUAGUUCUGUCCGCUGCAUUAUUGAUAAGUCUCAGACAUCUGAAUGCAGGUUGUUUAUCCCUAGUUUUUAUAAAGUCCUGUCUCCCUGUUUGAGCGGCUAAAACACUUCAAAUGUAACUUCUAGACAAGAGAUGGAGACGAAUACUUGAGUGUACAUUGUUCCUGUCAAGAAUUGGGGAUUUGACCUUUAGACAUGUAGUAGAGAUGAACGGCAUACUGCAGAAAAGUUAGGUGACCGGUAAACAAUGUAUAAUUUGCUAUUCCUAGAUCGCUGGUUCAUAAAUUAAUUUGAUCACUCAAACAUGGGGAUUUCUUGAAAUGCCAUUCCUAUUUUAGACUUUCAGCUCCUUAUAUUCUUGUACCUCUAAAGUGUCUGCAUGUCUUUUUCAUUAUAACAUAAAACAACAAAUGAAUUUUGAGCGUGUAAAUCGAGCAAAAAGGUCAUGAGACAGACAUUCUUUACAUGUGAGAUCUUGUGUUUAUCUCUAAAACAUUGUCCUCUUCUUUUUAAUAUAAGGAGUCAGGUGUGUUUUGGUUUCUUUCCACCAUAGUCAUACUUUUGAUAAUUUACAUUUCCGUAUGUUUUCCUUUAUUUAUUUUGCAGAUAUGAAAUGUCUUUUUUACUGGUGUAAACCUGUUAUGCGUUCCCCCAGUGUGUGGCGAUUGGGUUUGUAAUUAAUUUUGGAUUCAUCGAAUGGCUGUCAGCACAAUGAUCUGGCCCGUUUUAUUCUGGAAACGGAGUUAAUUACAGUUUACAACCUGAGGAACCUGUGAUUUCCCUCGGCUUUCUAAUGACUGUUUUGUUUGAGGAAAGCACCACCAGCAUUUGGGGUUGUUCCGUUUGUACAUCCAGGGCUUGCAAUUAUCAAUUUUUUCAUUAUGGAUUCAUCUGACAUUUAUUUCUAAUGGCUAGUUGAAUGUUUUUGAAAAAUUAUUAAUAUGAUGCACAUUGUUGUUUUGGUAUCACUAUAAACAAGCAAUUAAUAACUGAAAAGCAUUUUUUUUACACAUGCACUCUCAAAUAUAUUGUUGAAAACUUCAUACAGCUUGCCCCCUGAAUGUUGCUUAUUCACACAUGUCCCUCACACAUACAUGUCACCUUCACACAUGCUCCUCCAUGGUUAAGUUGUUUGCCUUUUGAACUCAAGGUAGAGUAUUUGCCCCAGAAUGCGUAACUCGAUAUGAAAAGGACGUGGCGGUACUCACUGUAAAAUGUUUACAACAUAUCCAAAUUGGCUGGCUAAGUUAAGCCUAACUCUUUGAUGAUAGUUUUUUGCUUUUUAUCCAGUGUUAUAUGUAUUGUACAUAUUCACAGGGACAACAAAUCAGUGAAAAGCAUCGUUAUUUGCACUAAGAUCUCACAGGUAAUGCAGCCGUGGCAUGAUGUAAACAUCAUCACCCAUACCCACUUGUUUGCAUGGAAUUCAAUUUUCCAAAAUUAUACUUGGUCCAGUCACACAGCCUAAUUAUAAAAAAGGAUGUGCAUUCACACAUGCAGCUCACUCUGUAAAUUUCUUGAGUUGUGAAUGAAGCAAAUAUGUGAAGACUCUUCGUUUUGGUAUCAUAAUAUCAAAAAUCUGCAAAUCCUUCGAUUUAAGAGACUGGGGACGAAAUCAAAUCUACAACAUUUUUGAUCAAGACUGUAUCAAAUCAGUAAAUCUAUUAUGGAAUAACUGAUCCGCGCUCCGAAGAGAGAGCACCAGACUUUGUAUCCUUUCAUGAGUGCUCGGACUGAGAUCAAGGCUGUAUACUUUCUCUUGAGAUCUUUAGUCCUGACAUUAUGUUGGGGAGACUGCCGGGGGAUGGGAGCCCUACGUGUGUGUGUGUGUGUGUGUGUGUGUGUGUGUGUGUGUGUGUGUGUGUGUGUGUGUGUGUGUGUGUGUGUAUUUAAGGGCUUUAUUUUGAAGCAUGGUGCCAGGGUCUCAGCUGUUGCUACGGUGACUCCCACAAAAGUGGGAUCAGUCACUGGUCAGGAUUCCCCUUCAGAAACCUUACAAAGACUGCCCUCACAGAAAGGUGACAUGUUCCCUAAAUGUCUUCGGAGGUUAUGAGUGCUGAGGUGACUGAUGCCAUGCUUUCACCAGCGUGGAUUAACUUGGCACUUUACCGCAGUUCCUCGUGUGAUAUCACUAUCCAUAGAGAUAACCUGCUGGCACUGGCCGUGUUUCAUGUUGCUUUUACUCUCGGAAAAAGGACGUAUUACUAAAAAUGCCACUCAAAAAGGAAAACAAAGUAGAGAUACUGUAAUCUAGAAAAAAUGCAAACAAAAUUUAAUGCCUGACUAGACCAGGGGUCCGUAACCUUUUUGGCUGAGAGAGCCAUGAAAGCCACAUUGUAUUUCCGUGAGAGAUAAUAUUUUUUAACACUAAAUGCAACUAAUUGUGUGCAGUUUUAAGUAAGACCAACAAUUUUAGAGUAUAAUAAGUCUCUGAAUUUAUUCUUUUUAAUAAGGUUGUUCUACUGAAGCUAUCCAAUUAUAAAUAAAGUACUUCCUACCAUUAAUGCGACUUCUAGUGCUGCAUGGUUUUGCUGAUGGCUGUGUAGUCUGGUUGAUACAUGGUGAGGUUAAACUUCAUGCAGGCAUUGAGGCCUCCAUCCGUUAAACAUGAUUGUAGGUUGGUCUUGAUGUUUUUUAAGAUGCGAAAAUGACUGCUCACAUGCAUACGUAGAGCCAAACAUGGUCAAUACAGCAAUACUCACAUGCUGCAGUGUGUGGUAUGUGACAGGAAGCGCAUUCCAAGUUCCAACAACCAACGCACAUUGCUGUGCAAAAGUGGAUCGGGAUAAUUACUCCCAACUUCAUUCAGCAGUGUUUUAAACUAGCAAUCAUUUAAAGCUCAGACAACAAUGAAGUUGACCACCCAAAUGACCAGCGACAUCACCUCACCAAGCUGCUCGCCACACAUUUGAGUACAAAGCGCCUCCUGGUGUAGAAUGCAUUGAAAACUUCAGAUGGGUUUAUUUUCAUCGGUAGAUUUUUUUCUAGAUUCAGCAGAAAGUAUGGCACAGCAUGGUCAAAGAUGCUUUAAGCUUCAGCAUCCAAUAUGGAAACUUGUUGUUGACUUAAGUUCCGUACUUAGUUCACCCUGCUAGGACUCCAAUUUUCUCCUUCACCAUUGCGUUCAGGUCUACUGUUUGUCAGACUGGGUUAGAAGGUGCAUACUUCGGUUUAAGUCAUCUCCAAGUGUGUGCUUUGAACUCAUGGCAGCUGACGCACUGUUGCCUGUAUGCCUGAUAUGAAUGAUUAAAAUGUAUGCUAAGUCUGAAAGUUGUAUGAGGAGUAACCUCAGGAGAACGUCACUUGUGUUUAUCAGUGUCACGAUUGGCUGGAUCUGUGGGCGCAUGGCUGCGGGAUUACAUCACUUAUCAAGACAGCAGAACAAAACAUGGCAGGACAGCACCCCCUUGCAGCCCUUUCAAAUCAAUUUCACAGGGAUUUGAUCUGUGGGAGCAGCCAAUGCCACUUACACUUUUAUCAGCUGCAUCUUGUUGAUAGUGAAAGGGCUGCUGCAGCGUGUCACAGUUGUAAAGGGCCGUGGUCUUUAAUCUUCACCCUUGAAUUUCCACGCAGUCUCUGUCACAACCCUGAUGUUACAGCAGAGAAUUGGAGGGAAAUUAGUCGUUGCCUGAACUGCACUGGCUCACUGGGAUUCAUGAAAGAGCUUAGCUGAAGAUGAGAAACCGGAUGACUCUUCUGUUAUGAGCUCAGUACUUUUCUCCCUUGGAAAUGUCAUUGGCUCUCUCAAUCUGCAAUAUCAGGAGACUGAGGCUACUUAAUGUUGCUUGUUUGGAUUUGUCUCACCGAAUGGCCCUCUCAUAUUCCCCAGUGUCUUCUUGUGUGUGUGUGUGUGUGUGUGUGUGUGUGUGUGUGUGUGUGUGUGUGUGUGUGUGUGUGUGUGUGUGUGUGUGUGUGUGUGUGUGUGUGUGUGUGUGUGUGUGUGUGUGUGUGUGUGGGCUGGAUAAAGAGCAGGCAGGCAGUCUGUCAGUGUGUUGGUAGCAGUCUGCUGAGUCCUCUAUUGUGCUCUCUUGGAUGUAUUGUGUGACAAAGAGAAGCAGAGCGGGGGCCUAUAUGCUCCACCUGGAAACAUGAAUAUUAAACCUUCGAUCGUAGCAAUAUCUUCCUGUAGUGACUGUUCUGUGACCAGAGCAAAACAUGCUGGAUUACCUUAUCAGGCUGAGGUUCACUUUAGAAGGAAGCAGCCUCCAGCUAUAGUAACAGAAACAGAUUGCACAGCUUGUUGGUGAUAUUUAUAUACUCCAUUGGCCUCAUAAACGGCUGAAUGUGGUGUAAGCAGAGAGAAGGGAAAAAGGAGAACCUUACUCUGUCUUGAUAAGCUUUGAUCAGAUUCAGAUAAUGAGCGGUUUUAGUGUGAUGCACCACCUGGAGCCAGAGAGCAAGUCUGAUAAGAGCCGUCUUCAAAAGCUGACCUCAAAAGUUUUACAGUAUAAUCUGAUAUCAAACAGAAUUUUUAAUUGCAGCAUUUCAUCAGGCUCAGCAUUUACUGUUGGAAGAUAAUGUGGGACCCUCAGUUAAUUUUGGAUGUUAGGUUGAUGCAAACACUUUUGGUGCAGAGCACAACAACACCAAUCAUUGUUGUGUAACUACCCUAACAUUUAGUUUUUGGAACAUAGCACACUGUAUCAAGCUUUAUUGACAUCUGCUAUGGGCUAUGGGGGGCACCACUCUGUGAUUGUAUAGCAGUUGUGACAUAAUGAACAGAUUUCUGAAUCUGUGAGCAAGGCAAAGGGAUUUCUUCCCCAAUGUUUAGUAGCAGGAGUACAGUCAUAUCAUGGCAUAAUUUGUAUGAAGAAAAACAGUCUGACUGAAGAAGAAACCAGUUGUGUUUUGGGUGAGAUACUUAGAAGUUUAGUUAUGUUUGUAAAGGGAUAUUACCAAAGAAUGAAAUCUAUCAUGUUAUCUAAAAUCUCCACCUCCUUUCUUGCAGCUUAAGUUGCUUUUUAGACUAGGAUAACAAGCACAUUGAAAGGGAAUUUUAUGUUGAUAUUUCUUUAUUUCUUAUCCAUAUUCUGCUUUCAGUUGCAGUGAAAGUCCAAGAAAAUCCACUUUCAUCCUCAGAAACUUUAUCGUUUUAUCUGAGCAUCCCCUUGACUGGCUGUGGUCUCAGUUAAAACUGGUGUAACUGUAGUACAUUUCUGAUCGGUUUGCUGAUGUUUUGAGUUUAAUUUAGCUUUUGAUCAAGAAUUUCAGACAGCACAGAGUGCAAUGUUUGGAAAUCUUUGUCUUCAGAGAGAAUCCAGCGCUGCAUUUUAGACAGAUGUUUAUGUUUAAUUUAUUUUGGUGCUCUCUCUGCACUGUGGUAAUCCUAUCUUGUGCACCUCUAAAUCUUGGUUGGACAUUUUCUUUUCAAAGUCAGACUCACUUCUUCCGUACAGGAGAAUCUAUUGUUUGCCUGGAUCUGUACUUCAGGGCCCUGUGACUGCAGACUGAAACUAGCAAUGAAAAAAACAAACAAAUACAGUGAUUUGCAUUGUGUAACCCAUAUCUGGGUGUCCCUGUGCUCCAUCGUGCUGGUUGAAGUUUUUCCUUUCCACUGUAACUUGAUAAGUGCUGCCAAGUGCUACACUCAUGUGGUCUAAGAUUGGAUGGUAGUGGGUCUGAUCUUACUAGAGAGGGCUCAGAUUGGGUCUUUGUAAAUAGAGUAUGGUGCUGACCAGCUUUUUACUGUUCAGUGUCUUGGGAUAACACUUGUCUGUGAAUAAAGAUUGAUUGAUUUAAAUCUUAAUCCAAUACUAGGUAUGCGAUACAUAUUUUUAAUCACACUAUAUGUUUUUAAGAUCAACAGAAGAUGCAUUGUUUUUUGUCUCCUAUAGUCCAGUGAUGUUACUCCUUGGCAGCACACUAUGGUGCAAAAGUUGCUUAGCCAUUGAAAUUAAAAAUUUCAAGAGUGGCAUCAGUACUCCGAUCUUAAACCAGCUCAGACCAGAGAUGGUCUGAUAGUCUUGACACACUUAUGUUGGCCAUCAGAAGAGUAAAAGUCAGAGAAGAACUGAGAGAAAGUGUGAAAGAGAGAUAAUUCAAUUCUCAGUUCCUCUGUUCAUUCUUCAAGGCAUCACUUGAUGUCCUACAAGGGAGUGUUUUUCAAGAGAAGGAGUGGGGCAUUUUAUUUACAAGACAUAUGUCUCCUUUCUCCCAUAAGUCCCCCUGCUACUUCUCUCUUUUAUAAUCUGCUCCACAGGUCAUCUCUUUCUCUCUGUUUGUGUCACCAGGCGUGUGGUUCAUGCAGCAUGUGGCCUCGCUGCUGGAUAUUUCGAGCUAAUGAUUGCAGUUUCUACCCUCUUUCUUCUCCCUCCUCUUCAGUCUAUGUUGCUACGUGUCUUUUUAGCUGAUUUACUAGCUUGGACGGCGUGCGCUGUGGGGUAUCGCCUCUGUGGUCAGCGCUCAAGAUGCUGUUGAUGGGGUGUUGUUAUUGGUUUGGAAGAAUAUCAAGGAGACACCCUUUUGUUUGCUGUUCUCUAAAUGAGCCAUUAUUCAUAUUUUUACUGUCACUGGAAGGAACAAUACACUGCAGUAUGACAAUAGACAUGACUUUAUUCAUGCUGAUUUCCUCUAACUGGAAGUUUUUCUCUUACCCUGUAACUUCUUCUCGCUGUCCCCUGAGAAAAGAAGCAUCACAGCUCAUUAUAGAGUUUUCCACGAUUAAGCCGAGGCUUAUUCUAGGGUCAAGUGUAGCCUCUUGCUUUUAGUGUCCAUGAUAACCAGAUUUGUGGUGUGGUGGAUUCUCGUGUGGCCGCUGGAUUCAUGGAUCCUGUCUGUCUCUAAUCCAAUUUACUGGAGUAUCUUUUUUUUAUUAGAAUGAUGACUUUGGUUCACUGGAUAAAAAGUAGAAAGAUUUUCAAACAAGAGAUGCUAGGCCCUUCAGACUUUGAGUGUUGCAGAAAUGUCAUAUUCAGGGACAGAAAAGCAUUUUUCUCCUCAAAUAAAUGCUGUACAUACCCAGUCUCAAUAUCAAUUUUGGAGAUUGUUCUGUUUGAGAAAGCAGCUAACUUCACCAGGCAGUGAGUCAUGUAUAAAUAAAGCAGAAGUAUAAAGCACACAGACAGAGUUGAGAAGUUCAGUAACAAACUUAAUAGUGCACAUGAAUUCCAUGUUUGAAGGAAUGUUUUAUGUAUUAGGAAGGAUGCUGAGAGGAGAACAAGACUUUCACAUCAUAGAAAUGUUUGGUUUAUGAGAUGUAAUCCGUCUAAGCAUAUUAGUUUGCAAAGAGUGGUGGGAUAAACAAAACACAUGAGGUCAGCAAAAGGUAUUCACUCAUGAGGGAGGUUAUGCAAGUUAAAAGCUCGCUGCAGAAGGUGAUUUGCAUAAAUGAAGCUCGCACAGCCUGUCCACUGCAGCUUGAGGGGACACUUGUCCUUAGGGGACAUAAUAAGUUUGCCCUUGUAGCUAUAGAUGGGUUUCUGUGCAGGUAUGCGCAUGUAGCCAGGGGGCAGAAAGCGGGACUUAUCUUAUUUGUUUACUAGCGGAGUCAAUGGAGAAAUAAAAUGACAAGGAGCUGUUGUGUUGUAAACCGCACGAAUCAGCGAAAGGAUGGAUAGAAACUGUUUAACAUCCAGAGGAAAUCUCAUCCUUUUGCCAAGAGAAGAAUAAGAUUGUGGCUCCAGGCUAUUAAAAGAGCAGAUUGGGGUCCUGAAGGUGCAGGCAUCGUAAGGUUUAGCCUUUAAACCCUGAACUCGUGUCAGAUAAUUGGUCUGAGCCAUCUCUGUAAAGACCGAGCUAACGAGCUGUCAGACUUGUAUAUUUACAGUGGCAUUUGCAGGUUUUUUAAAAUGUUGGCAGGCUGUGAAGUAGCCUCGUCGUAAACAUUUUUACUCUGACUUUGUGAGCAUUCACUUACAUUACGACCCAGUUCCUGAUAUUAGAAACAUCCAAACAGCCUGGUAAGUUGAGUGAAAUUCAUGGACAUUUCAAGUGUUUUUCUGAUUUGUUAUGCAAUGAAAGACAAAGCGAUUUUUCAAUGAAAUGACAUUUUAUUGCAAUUGUGUCAGGGAGAACUUGCAAAUAAUACGGCAUCUUCAUUGAUAUCAGUUCACCCCGAAGCAGGCUUUUCCCCCCUGGUUGUGCGCACCUAGUAUUGUUUGUACACAAGAAACCCGUCUAUGAACAAUAAUAUACAAUUACAGGGAACAGCUGAAAAGCAAAACCCAAGACAGAGUGGUUUUUAUUAUCGUUCAGCUGUAAAUUGUUGUUCAUCUAUGCUUGAAAUUAAACUGAGCUGUCCUGACACCUGCUGUGAUAUCAGUCCCUUGGCUUCACCUGGCAAUUGUCUCUAUGCAUGCUUUGGCUGAGAUAAACGUCAGCAUAGGUAUUGCAAAAACCAUCUGAACCUCUGUAAUCUACAGUAAAUGUCCAUCUAAAAUCACUCUCAUUCAGCCCCUCACUUAAACACAUAGAAAAACGGACAGUUUGGGGCAGUCUGUAUAUGUGUCACAUCACAUUACUGUCAAGUUUACACAUGCACACACAUUGUGAUGUCAUUCACGUCUGUCACAGACUAGACAGUGUUGGCCUGCUCCUCUACGUGCUCGUCAGUGUUGUGGGCAAACGUAUGGAUGGUGGAACCAGCAGGGCCACAGAGUGAUUAUUUUCAGCGUCUGCACCUGCAGCGCACGUACAUGGUAAUGAUGAGAAAGUCAGGCCAAAGAUGACAGUAAAGGUUGUCAUUUGAUUAGGAUCUUACGGUGCAGAUCAAACAUCAUUUCUAACAUGGCAGAAAUGAUUGAUUGUGUAAGUAAGUGGAUUAUGUAAGUUUACAGAGCUCCUCCUCCUGUAUGCUCGUCCUCUGGUGUCAGAGCUGCAGUCAGAGGGCUGAAUAAUGUGUGACACGAGGAGGAUAGAGAUUUGAUUUGAAAGCAGAAAGUGGACUUAAUAGUGACAAUGAUUGCGUUGUUGAAAUUUCAAUUGUUCCCAAGCACUUGCAAUGAGUUUUAUCUGUCAUGAGUUUUUGAUAUUUUAAACAUUUUGUUUAUCGAUUUUUUUGCACAGUCAGAUAGACAUGUUGAUUAUGAUUUUUGCUAUAAUGAAGCAGCCCUAUCAUGGUUAUAUUUGGCCUCAUAUUUUUACAAUGAGAGGAGAGGGAGACGUGCUGUCCAUAUUUAUAUGCAGUUGAAGGCAAAUGCACAAUAGUCUGGUCGGUAUCUGUGCUCACAUGAUCCAUGUUUGUUGCAUCGGUUAAACAGCUGUAAGGUUUUCAGCCAAUAUGUCUUUUGAAACAAGUCAAGGUUAAAGUCAGAAUUUUACAUAAUGGUAAUGUUUCCUUUUGUCUUUUAUAUGUAAUGUUUUGUAGUCACAUAUUGGGCAAUUUUGUGCUUGAAACAAUGUAAGGAGUAAUUUUUCAGUAUAAAAUGGAGCUGGCAGCACGCUAUCUCUCUGUCUCCUCUUGAUAUUCAUAAGAAUAAGAUAAGAGAAAUCUUCCACAAAGCAGAAGCAGCUGGCAGAGUGUUUUGCUUGUUUCUCUGUUUGCCAGGAGAGGGAUGGCUUAUCUUAAGUUGAACAGAGACUGAGGAAAGCCAUUAGCGCUCUCACAAAUGAGUCGAGCUCUAUGAGGAGUUUUACAUUUGGUCAUCUUUAACGCUGAUGCGACUAGGUGCCGGUGAAGAGGGCUACUUGAGAGGGCUCCAUUUUCUGAGGGUCUAACUCCUGCCUUUUAUCUCUCCAUUCAAAAGAGCAGCACCACUGUCUCUCAGGUGUGCCACAGCGCACAAUAUGAGCAAAUCCUCUUUAAAAAAACUGAGAAAAGAAAGAGCCAUGUGUAGUGAUGCAACGAGACGUUUCCAUCAGGCAGACGGGUGGUUGUUUUGGUAUUUAAUCUUGAAAGGUCAGCAUUUUACUGUUUAAUUCAUCAGUGUCUAAUUUACCACGCACUCUUGAUAAUGUCCUCCAGAGAGGGAGUUGUGUCUUCAACUGGAUAGACAGAUGCCUGGCUGGGUUGCAUUAUGAUAGCAAGAUUUGUGUAUGUUGGUACUAUACAUAUACAUGUCCUUUAUCAGUGUGCAUAUUUAAAUUUACGCAUAUCAACAUAUAAUCCAUCAGCGAUUCCAUCUGAUGCCCAAAAUAAAGGCCUGGGUGGCUCUCGUUGUUCCAAGUGUGUCUGGGCAUGCAGAUUACACUUACAGCUAUUCAUGCAUGCAAUCAGUCUCCUCUGCUUUUGUGUGUGUGUCAGCGCAGCAGUCAGAAGAGAUAAGUGUCUCUGGAGAGGAGAUAGAUGAACACACACUGGGAGACAAAGAGGCUGUGGCCAGUAGAAAUACACAACAAAUCGCACACACACAUACACACAAAGCCAGCUGUCCACUGCAGGUUCUUGGAUAAUUUAGUUAAUAUAUUCUUGAAAAACACAAUAAUAGAGAUGCAGAGAUUGCCAGGAUUAAUAUAUUCAACUACUGCAGUGAUAUUUAUUUUUUAACUACACUGUUCAAUUUAGUUUGUGUGAAACACUUUCACUAGGCAUGGUUUCUACAUGAACUGCUGUGUUUUGAGGUCUCAGAUUUUCACCUGGUUCUCAUUUUCCUCUUUCUGACUCUGUGUCUUAAAUUGGUUGACUGGGAUGUCAUCUCCUGCACCAAAAUAUUCUGUUAUAUUACAUAUUUUCCAUGUUGGAUAUCUAUUAACUUCCAAAAUAUUACGGCACUGUAAGGUUGUUUCAUUUCUGUUAAGACAAUAUUGUAUUCGAUUUUACUCCAUUGUAGCUCUCUUUAUAAUCAAUAAAAAAAUGUUAUAUUAGGUCUUUAUGUAUUUAAGAUUAUAGUUAUGCAGCAGGUUCUCUCAUUUGUUGAGCAAACACACCUGGUAUUUGAGGAGUUUUGCCUCCCAAGAUUGAGAAUUUACAUUUUUCUGUGACUCUAAGCUCCUGUAAGGAGUUUUUUGACUUAUGUAAAAUAGACUGUAAUUCAUGUCUAUUCAUUUUUGUGAUAUUCAAAAGCAAACAAGACCAUCACAGAGAGGAUUGACAGUUCUUAUAGCUUGAUUUUAAUGCCUGAUGUGAGCAGAUUGGUGUCAGCCAAGCAGCUGAUGAAACAGCUGUUUUUACAAUUUAUGGAUGAAAUAUUCUUAUUAGAUUUACUUGACCAUGCAUUGAAAACUAGCAGGAUGAAAUUUGUUUGUCAAAAGUCACUACUUAAGCAUGCAGAAGGCAAGUUGAGCAAAGAAUGCUUUGUCCACAGGGGGCACCAAAUUUGACACUAACUAAAAGUUCCUCACAGUAGCUUUAAAUAAUGUCAGACAGAUAACUGUGAAAUUAGAGGGAUUUUGAAAUUCCACUUUCAGGCAUUUUAAGAUAAAUUUGGCAUUUUCUUUUAAACAAUUUUUAGAUCGGUUGUGUAGAAAACAGCUAUUGAUUUGAGGAAACAGCCAGGCAAUUUUUCCUUUGCAAAGAUUAAUUUUUCAGAGCUUGAAGUCUUGCUUUGUUUCAUGUUUCGCCCGGUCACUUAACAGCAUAAACAAAUGAACUGUGGGUAUUCAUUACUGUACCACACCACAUCACUGCCCUCCACUCCUCUGGAAUGUUUCUCCUAGUCAUGUAUGUGGUCUCUGCUUGAUAACCUGAAAACCAGCCGAGCAGGUCUCUAUGAAUAGGACAACCACAGUCUGUUACUCCAUAUCUCCCUGGGGUCUUAAUCCACACCAACCGAUGGGAAUCAGUCAAGGAGCAACAUUCCCAAAUAUCCCGGUUCAUUAGACAGCGUGUUUGGACACAGACAACAGGCCAAGAUAGUAACCUAUUAUUUGAGUGUUUCCUCACAUAUUUUUCCUCUCCUCUUCCCAUUUCUGGAACUAGAAAAUCUCAUUAGGAACAGCAUUAGUGUUGAACAACUGUGUUGCUGUCUUGAGGAAAAUGGGUUUUUAGGCCAAGUAGUGACAUGGGUCUGAGUCCCUCAGCUGUGCUAAUGUUUGUCAAUGUGAACGAGUCUCUGGAGUAUUUUUGUCAGUCCUGGCUGACAAGAGUAACUGAUAUCUUCUGCGCCACUGUUUGCACUCUCCCGCUCUCUGUUACUGGAUAGUUGUUGCCAUGGCGCCCUGACUCACACUUUGUUGUACACCAAAUUUCAAAUUGAGAUUUUUCAUUGAACGCUGUCUGAAGUCAACAUUGUUGUGAAAAUGCUUGUUUUCUAAGUUAUGUAUUGGUACUUGAAAAAUAUUCCAUCAUUGUUUUUACUUUUAUUAAAAAUCCUCAUUGUUAGUAGGGAUGUAUAGAGGACUAAAGAAUUUGGUAUUAUUACUCUUCUAGUUGGCACCAGAGUUAUUGGUUGAUCAAAGGAUAUAUAAUAUUUUUUAUGUUGAUCAGAAAGUGCCAAAUGAGAUUCAGGAAAUCAGUGAACCAAGAGUGAUUCACUCCCUGAGCACCAUAAAUGUUGGUACAAAAUUUCAUUGGAGUUAAUCUAUAGGUUGAUGGGAUGUUAAAGCUGUAAAAAGAUCAAGCACCAGAACCGCACAUUCCCCCCAGAGCUUUUCAGUCGUGAUUUUGUGCUUUUAAAUGUCUGAACCUACACUGAGCAAAAAUAUAAACGCAACACUUUUGUUUUUGCUCCCAUUUUUCUCAGACUUUUCCUAUGUACACAAAAGACCUAUUUCGCUCAAAUAUUGUUGACAAAUUUGUCUAAAUCUGUGUUAGUGAAUACUUCUCCUUUGCCAAGAUUAUCCAUCCACCUCACAGGUGUGGCAUAUCAAGACGCUGAUUAGACAGCAUGAUUAUUGCACAGGUGUGCCUUAGACUGGCCACAAUAAGAGGCCAUGCUAAAAGGUGCAGUUUUAUCACACAGCACAAUGCCACAGUUGUCACAAUACUGUCGGAUUGGCAAAGGAGAAAUUGGUCUUUUGUGUACAUACAGGGAAAGUCUUAGAUCUUUGAAUUCAGCUCAUGAAAAAUGAGAGUAAAAAUGAAAGUGUUGCAUUUAUAUUUUGUUCAGUAUUUAUAAAACUAAAGGGGGGCUAAAGGUGAUAAAAUGCUAACAUAAAAAUAACUUAUGAGAAGAACUUUAUUUAUCUCCAAGGGGAAAUUCCAUGGACUAUUAUAUUAUUAUACUAUAUGGUAGACGAUUAUAGACUGCCUUCUUAUUUUAACUUCAUACAUAACAAUAUACAUUAUGCUUCGAUAGCACUGAAAACUGGCGGACUCUUCCAAAGAAAAGGUUUAGGAAAUAAUUUCCCCUUUUGAUGGAAGCCUCUGCUUUUGUUUCGCUGGGUACACAGACAGAGGUGAGCCAUAUGGCAGCUGAAUAGCAGUCUGGAGGGGAUUACUUCAACAGUGGUACUUUCCUCUCAAUAAAUGACGGUCAUGGAGCUCCCCACUGCCCCCGGGGUAGGAGACAGGUGCCGCUGAUGGUAAUAAAGGGCUCUUUGCACAGCAACCCAGCACGUCAGUCUCACAGGCCAUUUGAAAGGGAAGGGGGAUUGUUUGCCCUGGGCUUGUAUGGCUGUCCAUACAGUGCAAGAGAAGAAGGAAAGCUUAAACAGAGUGAUACAGACUUGUAGGAGUAAAGUAAACCAGCUUUGGCACAAUGUUUUUUUUUUUGGGUGUAAAAUUAUAAUAUCGAAUAUAUUAAACUCUUGUUUUCUACAGAGAGAAUAUUUUUCAAAUUUACACUGGCUAGCUUAAUAUACCAAAGGUGAUAUACCUGUAAUGAGGCUAUAAAUCUAAACUGCUUGUAAAGCCUGUUUUUCCUAUAACAUAACCACCUUUGUAUUAUAUGAGCUAUCUUUAAGUGGAACACAAUUUACUAUGGCUCAGUCUAAUCGAUACAGGGAUCAAUUAGGUAUCCUGAAGGCUUGUCCAAUGGGCUGUGGGGACACCAAUGAUGCUGAUGAUGCAGUGGUCCUGUUUGUGGUAAGCUCAGCUAUUUUUAGCACGAGUCAUCCCUCACUGCAGGUACAGAGAAUAAAUUCUACAGAGGAGUUGGCCUAACCACCUCCUCCCACAUGCUGCCUCAAGCACAAUGUAGAGCUAAUGAAUCAUGAACAGAUUCUCUGACUAUCAUUAACUGAUCUGUUGGUGCCCCACCGAACAAAAGCUCAGGGAAGAUACGUACAUGUCAGAUUGAUUGUGCUGUUUAUGCUAUGCUAUAGUUUUAUUGCCUUUUAAGACAAAGGCGUUGCACAUCGUCUCUAGUAUGAGGCUAACUACAACACACAAAAGAAUUGCUUUAAUGGCAGUUUUUAAGGUGAUCCAGAGACAAAAAAUAACCAUGAGUUAAAGCUCCAGCGAGGUUUUUUUUGGCCAUUGAGAAAUAAACUGAAUUUCUUAUUGAUGCCUUUUUAAUGACAUUUAGAAGCAAACGAGACUAUCAGUGACAAGACUGACAAAACUGAAUAAACACAGUUUUGUCCACAGGAGGCAGCAACUCUGAUACAAACCAGAGAGUUGCUUACAGGAGCUUUAAAAAAAACAUCUGUCAUUUUGAUAACAUGACAUUAGAUGUCUUUAUGCUGUACAGUUUGGUUUGUGUAAUAUUGUUUUCCUAUCACAGAGCACUAAACAGAUGUGAGAUGUUUACCCUAUUGGUGUUCUGUCUCAGCGUGAUUAACUUGUAGUUCUUGUAGAAAAAGGUUGUGAAGUGUCCAAGAAAGAAACAUCUGCAGGAAUAUCUUUAAACUAAGUAGGUUAAUUUGAAACAGGCCAGUAACACGAUUGGAUAUGGAGAAGAAUAUUCCAACGAGGCUGAGCCACUCGGUUGGAGAGAUGGAAAGAAGUUCACCACUUUGAUUGUGUGAGUGAAAAAUUCAACAAUUUCAGAGUGAUGUUCUUCAGCAUGUGGCUGUAAAGAAUUGCGGAAAUCGAUGCACACUUUCACAGUCUACUAGCGGUGAGCACAACUUGGCGCUGCAGGGACCAUAUGUAGGUUAAAACUGUGCUAUUUAAAGAGGAAAUAAAAUGUAAACAUGAUCCAGAAACGCAGGCAACCUCUCCAGGCCGGCCCAUUUCAGAAAGUAGAAAACUGCCCUGUGGUCUGACGAAUCAAUCUUUUUGAAAACCAUGGAUGUUACGUCUUUCGCUCUAAAGAGGAAGGGGACCACCUGGCUUGUUUAUAAUGUGUAGCUGAGAAGUCGGCAUUCAUGAAAGUAUGAGGAUGCACAAGCGCCCGUGGUGUGGGUAGCUAACAGAUUAGUGAAGGCACAUUCAAUGUUUGAUUGUAAAGAGACACAAGCUGCCAUCCAUACUGUGCCUCUCCUUUUCACUCAUGUACUUCACUGAUCUGAAAAAGAUACUUAUAGAUUGAUCUGUUUUGAAGUGUUUUGAUUCAAUACCUGCUGGCUGUCUUCAGCACAAUGAAUUAUUGCUUUUGCUUUUCUUUGCUUGAGAAUCUUUAUUGACCAUAUCUACCACUCUGGCUCCUAUGGGCUUUCCUCUUAUAUAGCAGGCAUUAACUGCCCUCUAUAAUUAAUGAGGAUAGCUAACUGUGGAGUGGCAGCAGAGGUUUAUAGAAAAACCCCCAGGAGUGCCUUUCAGGACAUCCCAUUACCCCUCUCCUCUGGAGAGAGCAGACGUUUGCUGCUUGCUUGGCGAUGAUAGUGUGAUAUCAGUCAUGGCUGAGGAGUGCUGUGUAGGAGGCACAGACAAGCUGGAUUAUUCCUCAUUAUAUCAAACAAACCUUGUGUUAGCUGCUGCCAGGAAGGGAUGGGCAAUACAGUAAAAUGUGUUUGCAAUAAUUUAUAUCCAUAUUGAUUGAUACAUACAUACUGUGAUGUUUAUGUGUUGCGUUGUGAUGCUGCCUGUUAAAAGAGUAUCCUGAGAAAGAAGCAACAGGGACACAGGCAUUAAAGUCACUAUUUCACCAUCAGAGUAUGAUGGAGUUUUAAGAUGAUGCGGUACAGUCUGUAUUAUUCUGCAUUAAUUACAUCAUUGCCUCAGCCAGACUUAAGCUGCAAGGAGCUAAAUAAUAGAUGAGUGAAUAAUUGAAGCAUGAUUUUUUUUUUCAGAAUACUGGAGAUGUUUGGUGUUUUUUUUGCUGUUAUCAUACUAUGAAAGAAUAAUCUCCUAGUCAUGUUAAUGACACUAGAUGUAGGUGGCUUGUGCUUGACUAAAGCCAUGUUAAGUUGUUGCUAGUUUGACAAGUGAUCAGCAUAUGGUUUCGCUUAUAUUUUUCACUGAGAUUUCAUCUUUCAUCUUUCUGAACCCUGGUGUGAGUAAAAAAGAGCGUUUGAGACUCUGCCAAGGCGGUGUCCUUCUGUGAAUGGUGGAGUAAUUACGACCCAGCUGUCAGACCCUGUUUGCUUUGUGACAGUUUGCAAGACUUUGCAGUCAAUACUUCACCUCCAAUUUCAUUCACUCCCAACAUCACCUUGAUUUGAUUUGUUGUUUAGACUCCUGUUUUUGAUUCAAGGCACUUAAGACUAAGAAUGCAAAGUAACAGCAGAAUUAUUAUUAUUAUUUUUUUUAAUUUGGCUUUUAAUUUUUACCUGCAGAAAAUGUUUUUUUUUUAUUUUAUUUUUUUUUAUUAUUUAAUAUUUUUUUACUAAAACUCAACCAGUUAGAUCAUUAUCAUUAUCAAUCAUUGUCUUAGCCUGCAUACAUUGUAAUGGAAAACUACUUAAGGGUUGAAAUAACAAUAAGUUUUCCCUCAGAAAACAGUCGAUCAAGAAGAAAAAAAUUGUCACAUAGUGGAAGCAAACAUUCCACUAAACAUUUCUGGAUCCAUCUGCUCACCUUUUUUUGUAUCUCUAUGUCAUGCCAAAUCAUCUCCUAUGAGAAGUUUGCUCAGACCUCUGCAGUUCAGUCAAACAGUAGGUAUCAAGCUUAUCUUUAUUCCUCAGGUUUUCUGCUCUAGAGGGUUAAAGCUUAUAGAUACACAGUUGUAUUAAACGUUAGACAGAGCAUCCAAACUGAUUACUUCAUCCACACUAGUAAAAGCUGCUUAGCCAGCAGAUAGCAUUUACUAAAUAGGUGACAGUCAUCUCUUUCUUGCUUGUCUAUAAUACACGUGUAUUAGUGAAUUUUUCCAGUUAAGCAUGGAUGACAGCUGGCUAACUUUACCGCAGGUCAAUAAUGUAUUGAUACUUUAUUGCUGUUUUUUGAGUUAAAAUGAAGAACUCUUCCUUCUGGUUACUUUUUUGCAUCUUCUCUGAAACAACCAGGUGUUCAAUACAUGCAUGUUUCUCUGUCACAGUUCAAACAGGCCUGGUUAUUCAUUGCAUUAAAACAUAGUGUAUGCUGCAGAUGCCCCACUUAUAUCAACUUCUUGUCCACUACACCAAAGAUGGUGACUGCUUUGACUGUUCUCUCUCCUCACUGAUGAUUAUCCUUUGUCAUUUUAGUACAAAUGUAAAUAUAUCAGUUAUACUCUUAAAUGCAGAAAUUACAUGAGGCUAACAAGUUGAUGAACUGGAGCUCAUGAAUAUUGAACAUGUAAAUAUGGUAGAAAAAACACAAUUAUUUCCGUCCUCCCUUUCUAUUACUUUUGGAGAUUAAGGUCACUGAAAGGCAGUAAAAUUUUAAGUGAAAGAUAAUCAAAAAUGCAUGAUAUCCAAAGCUGGUUAAUAUUUAACCAAGACAAGGAUUUGACUGAUCAAAUCCCAUAAUCAUUUCACAAAGUAGACUUCUGUUCUCCUUGCUGUCCAUGCAGCAGCUGAAAGGCUGUUGUAGCCGUGCAGGUGCUGCUUUGCUCUCCAUCUCUGUGUUUACAUCACAACCUUCACAUCCUGCAGGUUUAUUUCUCCGUGACCCUGCUCUAAUAUCCAGUUGUGGAUUAAUUCUCUCAAUCAAGAUGUUUUAUGUAACCACUCGCCUGAGAGGAUUAUAGGAAAACAUUCCGCUUUUAGAUUUAGCCCAAUGAACCAUGAAGAUGCAGCCUUACUAUCUCUUGUAUGAUGUAUGUGAAUGAUAAUCCUUCUGAUGUGGAAUUUCUAUCUGAGCAUCAUUUAACAGGUACUUAAAAAUAUUUUUAGGUUCAAAAGACUGAAAAAAAAACAGAUGGAAAUUUCAUGCAUUUUACUUGACCAGAAUGUCUUUAAAUCUACACUUUUAUCAGCUUGAUAAGGGGAAUUCGCUUCUUUCGCUGUUAGGGUUUUUUUUCCAUCUUUUUUUUCCCUGAGUGUAAGCCAGAGGAAAGAAAAAGAACAUUAUUAUGUUCUUGGACUUCUGGGAUGCUGUACCACCUCGUCGCCAUGGCAACAGAGCAUUUUGUCAUCACUCCUCAGGUGUGCUGUGUAAUGUGUACCCCAUCUCUCUGUGCUCCCAGCUUUGUCUCACCUUGUGUAACACCUCCCUGCUCACCUUGUGUAACACGAUGAUACGUUUAACAUGACAGAGCAGGAUGCUAAUUAAAUUCAUCUAUGACGCUACCACAUCUACAGUGAGCUCUCACUGUACCACUAAAUUUCCAUCGUUGAUGUGUGCGUUCUGUACCAGAUUCCUUAUCGCUGAGAUUUUUCAUUUGGCUCGCUGUCUUCUCUUCUUUUGUUUACAAAAUCAGCAUGCCAGUAAAGAAAAAAAACAACAACAGUAAGUGGCGGCACAUCACAGUAAGCAAUACAGCCUGCAGAUGAAAAUCCACUUGUUCUGGUACAGUAAUUAGUGCCUGAAGGGUGCAGCAUUAGCACACUCUGCUAAUCUGGCGCCUGUGCUCCAUUGGGCUCAGAGCUAGGAGAGUAGGACUGAAUCCUAGUGGAGCAGAUGGAUGACGUGAUCCAUGGGUGGCUUGAAAGGGGGCCCUCAUCAUUAAAAGGGCUGAUUACAUGGUGGUAAUGAGAUCAGCAUUUUGGGGUCAAGGCUGGUGGUGUGCCAAAGAUCCAGGUCUCUCUGGGCGUCAGCUGAAAAGCUCAAAUGACUUUUGUCUUCAAAGGAUUUUUCAGUGGUUUUACUCAAGGUUGUUGGUCUCUCUGGGGGAUUUGUCAGCCUUGGCACAUCGUGUUGUAACACUGGAUUCAUAAUUCUCUGCCACUGUCAGAAGUAAACACAUUACUUGUCUCCUCCAGCUGCUGUUAUGACAAAUUUAUCCUUUGAUAUUGUAGAGGUCUGCAUGAAGGAGAUUAUGAUGAGACGACUCAUAACUGACUCUAAAAUGAGUAAUUAUACAUUAAGUCUAUUGAUAUUUUGUUUUCGUAAUUAUUAUCAAUGAGUCACGUUAAGCAAUGAUAACUGGUCUUUAAAUAGGCAAUGCAUCAUCGUGAAGACCUCUUUAGCGUAACCUUCAUUCAUCACUGUCACUGAAACAGACAGCUGGUUACAGAUGGUUGAUGUAAGGCCUAUGCACGUGCGUGCGUGCGUGCGUGUGUGUGUGUGUGUGUGUGUGUGUGUGUGUGUGCGUGCGUGCGUGCGUGUGUGUGUGUGUGUGUAGAAGGAAUAUCAUGACUUUCCUAAAGCCUCCAUAGAUCAACAUUUUCCAUCCUCAUCCUGUCAUUGAUUUUCAGUAAUAACUAAAACGCCGUGUUGGCCCUUACCCAUUAGAGAAUUGGGAUUACAAUUUGAUUACAAGUAUUUAUUAAUUAGGGAAAGUCAAAAAGAUUGAAAGCCGCGUUUGGCAGGAUUAAAACAGAUUAAGUGGCUGUUUUGUUGUCUGGAAACAAUUCAGCCCUGUGAAUAUUUCUGGAUGUCAACCCAAACCCUUCACCCAAAAAUCACCUCUUUUGAGGACUGAUCUGUAUUUAUAGAGUAUGGUAGCAUGAUAGAUCCUCUGAAUCUUAACUCUUGGCAAAUCUUCCAAACCUGAAUUGGAUGGCUUGGCUUUGUGACCUGAAGUGCGUUAUGCCUGUCCUGAGGUGCAUUGUAGAUCACCUACAGUCGUAAAUUCAGGUACCCUGACAAAUCUAUUAGCAUACCUCCCAGUUGCAGUUUUUCUUUGCUGACUGUGACGGUCCUCAUUUUAUGAGCUGUGAGAUUUUACAGCAGCUCAUCCAUCUAAAGACGAACAGCAGCACAGGGGGCAGGGAAGGCAGUGAUAAUGUUGGGACACUACUUUCGUCUCUGGGACCAUUAUGCAUUUCUCUGAGGAGAUGGAUUUUUUUUUUUCCCUUCAAACUAGGUAUUAAUCUGGACAGAACUCACUCCUGACAAAAUGUGUAGACAGAGUGAUCUAUUCAGCUGCAAUUGUUGUUCACACACUGUCAUUCUGUGUGCAGAUGGAUAAGUAUCCCAAUGCUUUCCCACUUAUGCUUUAUUUUCGCUUAUUGCUGUUCUGUCCUUCCUCCUCUGGGAUUUUAGGGAACUGUUUGUGCUUAUAAACAAACAACAGAUACAAACAGGUUGAGGAUGACUUGGCAAAUUCUCAUCAAGCUCGGAGUACAUGAAGUAAACACAGGAAUAUGUGAACCUGUCAUAAAUCUUUGCAUUGUAUUUGACAUUAGGCUCACCAGGGGGGGCUGCUCACUGCCUGCUGAGCUUCAUGACAUCACUGCGGUUGCUUAAUAUUUGCUGGGAACACAGGGGCACAAGGCCUGCAGCAAAAAGUGCCGCCUCCCAUGCUGCCCCAGUCGCAGUCACACUAGACCGCAUGCCACCCUGUGCAGCCAAGCCAUGCCAUUCUAGCUUCCCCCUGGGCAAACAAAGACCCCAUUCAGACCAGUCCCUACUGUGAUCAUGCAGAGCAGAAGCAAUCUGUUCCUCUUGGCUGCUCACUGUGAAGUGACCCAGCCUUGUCUUCACCACGGUUUUGCCGAUUUGUGUUGUGCUCAACCAGGUUCUUAAAUCUGCUUGUGCCUGUUUGUUUUGAAAAGGGCACGGAGGCAGAGUGAAGUCAUCCCCUCAAGCUCUCAGGGCAGUGCAACUGUGUGUCCAGCAUUAGUUUUGAGAGGGAGAAGUUUCCAGUCUACCUUCAACAAAACAGAAGGAAAAUUUAAGUUUUGGGGUUUUGUUUUUGCAGCUCCUGGUAUCUGUUUGUUUGUAGAUGAAACAGAUAGUGAACACUGUGAUGUGUGCUCUUAGUCACUAACUGUAUAGGAAAAUUACAGGUGAGAACAAGUAUGCUAAGUUGCAUUGUUUUGAAAUACUCAUCAUUUCUUCAUAGAAAUGCAAUCAGACUGAGACGCUAAGGCAGAAAAGCACAAAAUGAUUAAUAUGAUGAUUAUUACUUCAAGGAAAUGAUAAAGAAAUGAUCAUAAAUGUUCUUCCUUGAGCUGCGUCCGCCCGCUGUAGUCCGUAAUGGACUGGCCUGAGGUCUCGCUACAAACAAGCGGCUGCUGGAAGAGAGUAGGUGAGUUGUGUUUAGUCUCUUUGCUAAAGAAAUUAGGAAAAGUUUAAAAGAUGUUUGGUGGCUCAUACUAUGGCUGUGACCCUAUAUGUACUGUUGAUGAAGUUAGGUGCUGUUCUGAACAUUAUUUGUGGCUAUAGAGUGGCGUUUUGGUUGAGGUUUGUUUAUGGCUCCUCAGAUCGCUGUGUAUUGCUAUCGUGUGGUUGUUACUCAAGUUGGUAUAACUAGAGAAGCAAGCGGUCGGCAACAUUCAUCUCUUUAGGAGUGUAUAACUUGGUGUUACACUGUGUUUGACCCUUAAUUAAUUUUACGCCGGAAUAUCCCUUUAACUUGAAUAACAGUGGCUGCAUUGUCGAGCUGAUGCUCUUUUACCUGCACACUUGCAUGAUAUACUCUCAAUAAAGGCUGUUCUCUGUAGCUUAGUUUGUUGAGUUACUCCAAUGCAUGUGUCAGAUUAAACAUUGCUUUCACGCUAAAGCCUGCAACCAUGCACACAACCAAAAUGGCAAUAACCCUUGCUGUUGAGCCGAAGAACUGAUUUUGCGACUUAAUUUUCAUUUGCGAGAACUUGACUUAAGUACUGUAAGUUUGUAGUCAGUAAGAAAAAAGGAAACAACACAAGUUUUAAAGACUAAGACAAACUCUGAGUUUAAGACAAACGGCCAGAAUGAAGAAAAUCCUAACCAUCAUGUCUUUUUACUCAGAGGAUGUUAAUUUGUAAAAUUUUGAGAACAUUUCUUCUGUAUGUUCUCCUCUCAAAAUCCAACUGUAUUUCACUGCAACCAUAUAGGAUGAAUGUCUUACAAUAUAUGGUUCCUGGUUUUUAAGUUGGUUAAAGCAUUGUCUCCUGCAUUAGUGUAUUCAUUACAUAUGCCAAACAUCACAUAUGUCAUCUGUAUCCUGCAGCCUUGGCUGAUGUGGAUUCUUUUAGUGUAAGUGGAGCAGUAGCUGAGGGGGCUUUGUUGAUGUUAACUUACCCCUCUGAGUUCAUCUUCUUUGUGAUGGCUUAGGACGCUCUCGGGCCAGAACGCUCUUUGUUUGACAGAUGAGGUUCUGACUGGGCAGCCUAAACCAGCAUGCACCUGCACUCCCAUCGGCCCCUGGGGGGAUGUCACAUCUCCACUCUGUCAGUCAGCAGGCACCCACUUCUCUCUAUCUUCCACAUCAAUCCGCUGGCCUGAUUCAAUCAGGUGUUCAAGAUGCCUCAACCUAAAAAGAAAUGUGGAAAGCCCUUUUAGCCCCUGAGACAUUUUUAAGGUUAUCAGGAAGCUUUUGUGUGCAGUGGUAUGAAGGAAAUCAAAGCCUUGUGUAGGGAGGAUCACGUUUUAGUUGGCAAAGAGAGAAACUGACAUUUCUAGUUAUGAUACUAUUGAUUCUGACAUUUCACAUGAAGAUGUUCAACUUUUCAUUUCACUUAAUUUAUUCCUUCUCUUGUCAAUAGUUUGUUUGCCUUUUAUCUUUUGAAACACAACCAAUCCCUGACUGACUUGUUCAUUUAGAAACAGACUCUUCUUACUUGUGUAUGUGUGACUCACACUUUUUUCCUACUGUAUCCCAGUGUGAUAGACAAGAAUCUCCUUUUAUCCAGUGAAGGACAGGCUCUUGUAAAGAUGUCAGUUUUUGAUUGUAAGAUUAAAAUGUUUUAGCUGUUGCAAAUUUCUAAAAAUGAAGAUUUUUGUUUUCAGAAAAUAAAGAAUAAGUCAUCACAAAGUGGCUUAUCCCAUAGGAUCCAUGUUGAACGCGUUCCGUCAGUGUUGCGUCUUUGCUCCAUCGGGCAGUGCUCUUUAUCACUGAUCGGAUGCUUAUCUGGAGCCCUGGUCAGCUGGGCUCAGUAAAACAAAAUGUCCCAACAGGUUACUUUGCCUUUCUGUGGUCAAUUUCCUGCUAAUUUAAAAAAAAAAAAAAAAUCUUUUUUAAUGUGGUUUGACAAAAUUAUCGCUGAAACAUGUCUGACAUUUCUAGGAAAACAAAAAGACUUGCGUUUCACUUUACAGUACCACAUUGUUUUUAUUAAAAUGUUAAUUUUUCCUAUCAUUUGAUUUAAUGUGCCAAUAAAUACUUUAAGGUUACAAACACAACUGUUUACAUUAGGCUCAUCAUUCAUUUGGAGUGGUUGUUCAGCUUUUGUGGUAUGCUUACAGUAUCAAUACCACAUUUUAUUUUCAAGCGAACAGCUGGGCUUGUUGCAUGUUGCUUGUGUUUUGUCUUUUGAUGCAUUUUUUCUGUGGUAUUUAAAAUGCUCUCAAAGCUGUACCUUAAAGUUGACUAUAUAGCUCAGUGUUUAGACUUUAUUUUGAUUUGAUUGGAUUGUUUAACCAAUUAAGGGGUGAUACACUCCUCUAGUAGAUAAAGCAUUUAACUCAGUGAUAAAUGAUUACUCAAAUUGACUUACAUUGUUGUCGAUCUUUGAUACAGAUUGAAAUGUUUGGCUCUGUUUCUCGACUUCUUUUUCAUUAAAUGAACAAGAGCAGUCUCAGAGUUAUCUACUUUUUUGAAGAGGCGUAUUAUAAGUGAAGCUUGGUGCCACAUUGUUUUGCUUAAGACAACCAAAUUCUCAGACAUCAGUUCGCAGUCAUUUUACACAGUAGAUUUCAAUGAUUAUGAGUCAACUUUCUUUGAUAAGAUUUAAAUAUAUUAUUGCUAAGCUAUUCAGAGUUGUGUCUUACUCACUUGUUUUUCUGUUUGAAGUCUGGCACACUCAGAUCAAUACCUUAUGUAAGCUGUGUGGGAGACAGCUGAAGAUGAGUUUGAGACUCACUGAGUGCUAUCUUUACAUUGUGUAUGUUCUGCAAGAAGUCGCCUACCUCCAUUCAAAGGGCAUGCAUUGAAGAGUGAGGCCCUGAGUAAGAGAGGCUUGUAAGAAGUGCUGCUCAUAGAUCCUGCUGUUGCUAUGAGACUGUCGGAAAUGCGUUUGAAGCACAUCUCUGUGUUGGGGAAAGUUAAAUUAUUUUUAACAGCUAAUACUAAAGCCGAUGUGCUCCAAAAUUAUGCUAAGCCCUCUGCUUUUAGCAUGCAACAGUCUGUCUUUGAAGGCAGUGAGAAUAAGAUGCCUCUCUGUAAAGGUGCAUUGUAUGUUGAGGGUAUUCUCCACAGCUCCCUGUUAUAGCUCUAUCAUGAUGUUUUUACUCAGCAAGAACAACAUGGAGGAAGGCCAUGUAUGUCUGUUUGUGUUAAGUUUUGUGGAUGUUUGCAGGAAGUGGUUAUGGUAAUACACCCAGAUAUCCAGUAAUGUGUUUGGAAAGGGCAAAAAUGGGCUCACAUGAAAAUAAAAACAAUAGAAACGCCUGUGUCUGCUUUAAGCUAAAGGACAUAGUUAAUCCUCUGCUUCUGUAUGCCACUUUUCUUUUUAUAUCUGCUCAGCAUUAUGUCAUUUUCUUGCAGAAAAAAAACUGCUGGCAGCUAGCAACAUAUCCAAGCUGUACUUGUCCUUACCUCAUAAUGAUGCCAUAUCCUUCACAUUGCAUGGGGGGUUUCUAACCCUCAGUCCCUGUGGGGCCAUAAAACAAUCAGCAUGUCUUCUAAGAGGAGAACAAGCUAAGCUGCAUUGAAGUGAGCGUGAAAGUCGACUGAAAGAGUUCUCACAGCCGCCUUUGAAAGCUAUAUCUACUGCUCCACUUUUCCAGAUUCAUCCUAAGAGGCUUAGUUUAUAUUAACUGCAAAAUCAGAUUGCUCUCAAAAUACCAGUUUCUAAUUAAGCCGACCAACCAAUUAAGUUGUGCACUUCUUCAUUGUCCCCUUGAUUAACCUCAGCAGAGGUUAGCUGAAGAGGCAUCCACAGUCACAGGGUUGGUGUUGAGAUUCACAUGCUUCACUGGAUGAAAGGGAACAGAGGGACUUAAAUCAUAUCAGCCCACUGACAAGCACUCAAAUUAAUGGGUGCUGUGUUUGCCACAUGGCCACCUCUUUAACCUCCAGGCAAAGACUGUGCAAUUUAUGUCAAAAGACGUAAUGCAUCUGUUGUCACACGACAUCUAAGUGUGUUGCCAGUUUCUCUGCAAAGCUGACAUAAUAGUUACACAGAAGUUAAGGCAUUUCAUUCGCUUUUCCAACAGUUUCAGGAUAACACAAUUAAAAUAUAUUCAUGUGGCACACUUAAUUAAGAAUAUUUCAUUGGAUUUUGUCUUUUUAUUUGUCUGUAGAAAAAAGAAUCUCAGUUUGGUGUUUUUUCAUUUUUUUCUGGGGUUUUUCUUCAAUUUCAAUCACAUGAUGAAGAAAAUAAGCGGCAGUGUUGAUUGAAGAAAAUGUUGGUUGAGAAUGAAAUACGUGUUUUUAGAUGCCACUUAAUGAACCUUUUUAUAAAUCCUGUGAAAAAAGCAAAAGUAAUAUGUUUUUGAAAUCAACUAGAGAUAUCACAACAAAACAUAAUGCACCACCCUUGGGCACAGCAUCUGGAAGGUCAGGAUAGUUGAUGUUGGAUCAGCAGAUGAAAAAGCAGAAUAUGAUAUUAAACUAUUCAGUGCUUUAUAAACCAGCAGUACUAAUACUUUAAGAAUACUUAUCUAAACAUCUCCAACCAUUUUUAAAGUACUGAACCUGGACAAAUGUGAUCCACUCUCCUUGUCUUGUUGAGAACCCUGGCAACAGUGUUUUGGCUGACCUUUUAGAGAUGCCUGUGGUGACACUGUAGGAGCAGCUGAGCAGUCUUUACAUGGAUGUUUACAUUCACCGUAGGUCUAAGUCCAUGUUCAUACCAGGGCUUAUGUUGGGGAGAGCAUAAGUGCUGUGAAGAUAACAUCCUAGGCCUGAGAAGGGAGCCUGGGGGAAUUUAAAUGCCAGUUUGGGUGUGCUCAGAUGAAAAGAAGUAACACAAAAUAAAUGUUACUGAAAAUAGAAAUGUAUGGUUUUAAUUGUGUGUGUAUCGCUUUUGCACACAGAUAUUAGAGUGUUUAUCUAAAUUGGACAUUUUGUUCAGCAGAUUGCCUCUAUGGUAACGUUUGUCCUAUUUAAAACUUAUUUAAAAAAAUAUUUCCAGUGUGUCGAAUUUAGCUCAAACUGUUUCUGGGAUUAGGCGAUCUGGAGACUCCUCCUUGAAGACUUAAAAGUGACACCACACUAAAUCUCUCUGAUAGGCUGUCAGUCCACAUCUCCAGCCAACAACUCAACAGCACUUUUUUACUUGUCCUUUUUCACUGUUUGGCUGCCAAGAAGAAGAACAGUGUUUCACAAACAGCAACCCUCGCCAUUGCAGUUUGAGUCAUGGCUGUCCUGCUGAAUAAUCAAAGAAAAUAAUAAAAUUUUAGAGAAAAGUUUCUACCUUCUAUUAACUCUGUAAGAAGAGAGUUUCUGCACCUUUAGUCCAACUCAGUUUCUACCAAAUCAAACAUACAAAGCAUCAAACAGAAAAAAAUAAAACAAAAUUAACUGAUGGUUGUUGUGAGCCUGCUCAUUAUCUUAAAACACAAGCGAUGAUAAACCUGGUUGGUUUUGUAAUAAAAUGUUUUCCCACACCUCUGCAUCUUUUUUUGCACUUUCAUGUAUUAUUUUGUGAAAAGAAAAGACCUUUUUUAAAUUAAAAUUUGUCAGGGCAAGAAUUGCAAAAUGGUCAUGACAGUGAAUUUGAUGAGGUCUAAUGGCGACAGAACAAGUACUUACUGCAAAGUCUUCUGGGAGUGUGUAAAGAAAGACAGCUCAGUAUUGCAGGCACAGGAAAACGUCGUGGCAUGGUUCUUUGUUUCUCACAGUAGGAGAUCCAACUGAGUGUGACCAAAAAGAGAAUUCUGUUAUUUACCAGCCUGACAAAGUCCUUUGAUCCCACAGUACUUUUCAGAUACACAAGAAAAGGAAACACAAGUCUGUGAUGGAAAUAGACAAAGACUAUACAAGGCAAGAGGCACCUUGAACUUAAGAAAGGUCGGCAUAUACAGGCCAACGUAUGGUCAGCAACCCAGUCAGUUUUUGUGUUUAACUUCUCGGGAGAGUAUUUUUUUCAUUACAUACCCAGAUGUACAUGAAUACAGAAAACAUGUGCUUGCUUUAUGGUGAAAAUGCAAACAUAACUGGAAGAUAAUUGAGGAUAUAUAAAGCUUUCAAAUAUUGAAAGACUAAUAUGAAAGUAGACAAUAAAAAGAUAAAGAAACUAUUAUCCCUGCUCUUUUCAGACAUUGCAUGCAUUGAAAUGUGAAAUGUUUUCUUUAUUUAUGGUCACUGGAACAAAAUUAAAGUUAAAUACAGUGAAAUUGUGCAUCACAGGUGACAUGACCUGAUCACUUGUUCUUCCUGCCCAGCGGUUUAUGAGUUACAAAAGUCAGUUUUGAAAAGAAAGGGAGAAAAAUCAGAAGAGAAUCAAUGAGCUUUAAUGAUUUUUAGCUUCAUGAUUCAAUGUUGAUCAAAGUUAAUCCCAAUCAGUUUCCUGUCAACUAAAAAUCCUUUAAUUCAUUGUGUGGUCAUGUUUUGCAGAUGGAGGUGUGUGUGUGUUUGUGUGUGUUGGUAAUACAAACAGUGUGCCGUGGUUGAUUACAGCCUGAAACAAAAUGACAUUCUCACCUUUUAAUCGGUCUGUGCUGAACUGUUUCAUUCUGCUAAAUUGAGUGCAUCAUCCUCUCAACUAUUCAGAGCGUCUUUCAAGGGCAGGAGCAGGAAGUUCGCUGACCAACCCUUGGCUAGAUUUACCCUUGUCAUAACGAGGUGGAAAGAUAUUCUAUGAAAUGCUUUUUUCUCUGAAUCAUUUAUUGAGAAGAUUGCAUCUCCCUUGGGCCUCCAUCAGAGUGGUGACAUGUGGGGCAGUGGUGGGCGUUUCACGCCUGUGUGCACAGGCAGCUAGUCUUCAGGGCCAAACAGUUUUCUGCAUUUUUAUGGCUGGAUUCACCACUGGAAAGUGAUAUUUCCUGGGGCUUUGGAGACAAUGAAGAGGGCGAAGUGGCAUUACAGAUGGCCCCACUGCUCAGUAUGAGAUGUAUGAAACAGCCAAAGAGUGACAGAGAAAUGGAGGACUCAGGCAAUCCUGCAGCUGAUCUGUCAGUCACACAAGUUCUGUUACACCUCAUAAAGAUUUGAAAUCAUUACAGUAAAUCCAGCAAGUCUGCUAGAUGUUAUGUGGGAGCUGUUGCUCUGUAUUGUAGCAGCAGUUGUUUACUUCAGAAGACUAAAGAGGCUCUGAUUUACAGUACAGUGAGUGCCUCUGGCAUGUUGGAAUCGGACACAGCAACAAAAUAUGUGGGAGGUCAUCAUGAGAACUGAAGAGACUCUGAGUGAAAUCCAGGCAUUACUACAGUGAGGAGGCAACUGAGUGCAGUUUACCAAGAAGUAGUAUUUUAUUAUGAAGAAAAUCUUUUAAUCUUUUUUUCUUAAUUGAGGAAUCCAGAAUUUUGGACAAGCCCUCCAACCAAACACAACAGACAAUCUUAUUUAUUUUGUUUUCAUUUUGUACUUUUUAUGUUCAGCUGUCAGAUGGAUUGAAUUGUCUUUGUCCAACCAAAGAACUCUGAUGUGAAUAUAUGUUGUGUACAGUGCAGACUAUUCUGGGGCUGCUGGGUGAUAUGUUGACGCACAGAGAAGCAUUUAGUUCUCUGACACAGAUUUGCAACAAAAAACCCGUCCCUCUAAUGUCUCUGGCUGAACAAGAUAACUGAAGUUAAUGUUUUAUGUGCUUUUUCAGUUGUUGAUUUGGAUGUAGAUUAACACCUCACGACAUUAGCCACUUCUAUUCAUUUUUUUGUGUCAUAAACCAGGAAGGAUGUUACUGCACACUGAAAACAUCCCAUCAGCCUGCGGUACAUUUAUUAUUUGUUGCUACCAAAGACUAAGACUUCAUCUUUCAUCUUUUAAUAGUUAUUUUUGGUUGACUGACAACGACUUCCUUCGUGAGUCCACACUGCGAAGUCAUCAGCUGUGCCAGAAAAACCAAGCUCCUUCCCACCCACUCACUACAGAAAAGCUUGAAUCCACUCAAAGGGAUUCUGCUGCCUUCACUUCUUCUUGGUCUCAUUAAUGUUUUACCUCAAAAGCAUCAAUAUAAUCUAGUGCCUCUAACAGCAUAAGGGCAGUUGACUACAUUUACUUUAUCAAAUAAUAGGUCGAUGUAUUUUUCAGGCUUCUGUCUUUUCAUUUGCUGUAGAUAAAUAUAUUUAUUGCAGUUGAAGGGGGAGAGCUGGAUAACCUGUCUACAUUAGACACUUUGCUGUGAUACACAAACAUCUUUCACUCCACAGCCUUUUGCACGGCCUUCUCUGAGGUGAUAAUUACUCAGCGGUGUUCAAAAGCACUUAAUUAUGCAAAGGGGAAAAUCGUCUCUCACUGUGCGCUGACCGCACACUGUUUGAAUCAUCUUUGCUCUGCAGAUAAACCAGAGACAACAAGGACAACAGAAACAAAGAGAUCUUGCCUCAUUAGUCAAACUUUUACGUUUUAUUGGUUUGAAAGAAUUAAAGUAAAAAUAAGAAAAAAAAUAUAUGUGCAAUAUAAAAAGAUACAUAAAGUGUCUCAAAGUAUAAGAGGACAUUUGUUUUAGUCCUUCUUGGGUCAACAGAGUUGAGCUUAAGAGCGUAGAUGUUUUCUAUAGAGCUCAGACUUUAGCUUCUUUCUUAAAGGGAGAAAUUCUGAUAGAGUUUGGUAUUCAUUCUACUACCAAGGGACAACAGAGGGGAAGAGUCUGGCUUGUGACUUAAAGUCCAACUCCAAUCGUUUUUUGUUUUUUUUCAGUGGUCUUUAAAUUGUUAUUAUAAGGUUUUUAGACAAAAUCGCGUUACAUGUGUCAUUUUUAAGCGCUUUUCUUCUGCAGAGCUCCAGUAGAUCAUUAGCAAUUUGCCUCUGAGUCACGGGCUGCUCUGCACACUCCUCUUCAUGCUAGCUUGUAGCCUAACAUUCCAGUGCAGUAGAAGUGGCAGGGUACACAGGAGCUAUUCAGCUCUCGGACACAAAUGUCUUUGGGGGCAUGGUGAAAGCUAAUGUCAUAAUUAGCUUCCUUACAAGUGUUGCAAUCUGCCUUGCACACACUUGUUCCGCAAUCGUCCUCUCUAUUUCUUGGAGUCUGGCCUGCAGAGCGGGGCUCCGGAGGCGGAGCUUGCAGUUGUGAUGUAGGAAAUCUCACUGUGUCUGAGCCUGCUGUUUGGGUCUGUGAGAGGUUCACAGCAUUUUGAAAGCAGAAAUACUCAGAAAUGCAAUUUUGCGCUUACUUUUCUCAUAAAAUGUCCUGUAGCAUCAGAAAAAUACCAUAUAAAAAUGUAGACAACAAGAAAAACAGGAUUUUCAUCGGAGUGGGUCUUUAAGAAGCACCCUGAUAUGACCGGGAGCACCAGGUACCUUUCACUGGCAGGGACUGUAUCCAGUUUUGUUUGCAGUACCAGGAGAUGUGUUGUGUGCUCUGUCAGGUUGGGUGUGAUCCUCCUGAUGUCUAAUGGCAUGAUUUGAUACAUCGGGAUAUGAAAUAAAUUGCAUAAGACUCAAAUUGUUACACUUUAUUCUCCAUGUAGGCAAAUUUAUCUCUUAAAUGUCUUCACAGAUCAAAAAUGUAAAAAAUGCUCUGGUACAAAUACCAUUUUCUGAAAAUUUUGCCGAAAUAUCUCAUCUUUUUUUUAUUGCUGUUAGUAUAAAAUAUGAAAUGAAAAAUUUAGUUGCCAUCUCAACUCUAAUAUAUCUUUUGAAGCCUUUCAUUUUGCACCCAAGCCUUGUCAAUGCGCCUGUCAUCACCUCUUUGGUCUCUUCUUGUUCAGGGCUCUCAGACGAUUGAAUGUUUGAGACACGGAAGCAUCAGACUUAAGUUAAUGUGACAAGGAGGAGGUGAAUUCAAGUGUCAAAGCCCUCUUUAAAGGGAGCUCAAAGCUACUUCACAGCAACCCAGCUGAUUCAGACGUACAAAACUAGUCUUCACAGGUGUCUGCAAACAAGACAAAGUUAUUAUUCUGUAUUUUUUAAGAAAAGUGCAUAAAGUUUUAGGAAUAGUUAUUACUUAAUAUUGUGAUGUAGUGUUCAAGAUGUUGAAAAGUGAAUCCCCACUGACGUCUUCUCUUGUGACUUCACAUUCAAUCAACCUACCCUACAAAAAUAGCAGAGACUAAGGGUGGGAAAUCUCCCUUUUUGCUGAUAAUAGAAGAAGUCAGAGAAUUCAGGAGAGACGCCAGUUUGACAAUAAAAAGAUAUCUGAGUGAAUUAUCUUGUUCUCAAAAGGCUUUCUUCUUUUUGCCCUCUGUCUUAUCUAGUUUCGCUUUUCAUUUGAGAUCUGACAGACGCAGUUUAAUGAAGGAGGCCCAAAUGCUUUCCGGUUGUUUUGUUAUUGUCAACAGACUCUUUAAAAAGGUUCAAGAAGGACAACUUUGCAAGCUUACUGUGAAAAAUGAUAAAAGCAGAGAAACCUGAAGUGUGUUUUGAAAGCUAAGUCGGUGGACGUUCAGAUGAAUUGCGCUGAUGCAGGAGGGCAAUAAACGUUCAUCAGGGUACAGUCAGAGGGAGAACUUUGUGAUGGAACCAGCAAGUGUUCGCCCUUGCAGAAAAGGGUUUAGCAUUAUCAUGCCAAACAGAAGGUGCCGUUGUUGUGGAACAAUUAGGCCCGAUGGGUGUCCAUGCAUAUUUUAGAGUCGGCAAGCUGGAGGGACAGAGCCAGUGAUGGAGACUGCCUGGUAAGCUCCAGCUGCCUCCUCCUGACAGGGGGGUUAGCUUUGGCAAAGGGGAUGAAGCUGGAGCUCGGGGAAAUGUUCGCCUCAUUGUUAAGAAAAAAACAAGCCCAGGGCUGAGACACUGGGAUUUAUCACUGGGGACUAUUCAGCAGCUUUUGACAGGAACUUUUAACAAUGAAUCUGCUUGGCAUAGUUUUUUUUUGGGGGGGGCUGAUAUUCUUAAAUGCCUUUUAUUGAAUUGAUUUAAAAAAAAAAAAAAAACACUCAAGGCUCAGUUGCAUUAACAGCUGCUCCGCCAAGAAAUUCAAUUAUGCUGUGCUUACGGUUAUUGAUACUCAACACAUUAGUCAGUGCAUGUGUGAAUAAGUCUUCACAUCCAGUGUCGGGAUUAUACAUGUAAGCCAAAACUAGGUUCAGUUAUGAUAAUACUGCAUGUUGUAUGACUGCCCUCUCUGUAUCUUAUGUGGAGGCUGAAAGUGCACGGGAGUAAAUGUCAGGUCUGAGGAGUACAUAUAGUCUGAAUUUGAGACACUGAGUAAGUGCCUGACAGUCUUUGGCUGCACCGAGGGAGGCUGAACUGCUACAUUACCACCAGAGCUGUGCAGCUGCCAAAAAAUGAAGCAUUGUUUGUAUGCUAAUCCCAACCAUGACACCAAUUGUGUUGCUCUUUUUGCUGUAGGGGUAUUUGUCACACUUUUUAGCAAGAAAACAUUACCGCUGUGCAAGUAUAGGGAACAACUCCAACAUCGUAAACACAGUCGUCACAGGUGCAGAUGGUAGACAUAAUAACUCGAAAACGGUCUAGCUGGGUUACAUCUCGUCUCACCCAUGACUCUGCAUAGCGGUCUGCAGGGGGUUAACUUUGAAACUGUUCCCAGCAAGCUCAGCUGUGAGUGCAUCAGAGAGAUGUGACAGAAAAGCUACUGUAGCCAGACUGGCAGUGAAAUCCGUCACUGGUGGGCUGAUGGAGUAAUGACUCAAAAAUCAUCAGUGGGAAACAUAUUCAUUUCCUCCUGUCUGCAGGAAAGUGCAAAUUCUGCCAGGCAUGUGUUUCAAGCUCUCAUAAAUGGCAUGUCAGUCAGUCAGUCAGUCAGUCAGUCAGUCAGUCAGUCAGUCAAUCCACUGCUCCAGACUGACCAAGGAUAUGCCCAGCAAUGCAGAAACAGAGAACUCAUGCCGCCCUUGGGAUAGUUUACGAUUCCUUUAGUUCUCUUUUAGUGCAACCAGCAGGGUAAAAUUUUAAUUUGUGUAAUAUUCUGGGAGUACUACAAAUACUUGUAAAGCUAUUUUUGACAGGAUGUUCUGUUUAGUACUAAUCAGCAUUGUUUGCAGGUCAUGAAUGAAUACAAAUUCAGCUUAUAUAAGGUUACAUUUUGGUUGAGGUUCGUUUAUGGAUCCUCAGACCGCUGUGUGUCGCUAUUCUGUGGUCUUUACUAAAGUUGGUAUAACUAGAGAAGCAAGCAGUCAGCAACAUUCAUCUUUUGAGGAGGUGUCUAACUCGGUGUAACGGUGUGUUUGACCCUAAAUUCAUUUUACGCCGGAUACCUCUAAGGCUUUGAGCUAGCAUGUAACUCAGAUGCAUCCAGACUGACCUUUUUUGGGGGGGAUCCCAGUUUGAAAAGUUUGGGAACCCCUCAUGUAAAUAAAUCUGAUUUGGUAGCUUAAAAGUGCAUUUCAAGCUGGUCUAAGACAGGUUUCCACUUUAGAAAUUGAAAUGCAGAACAAUUCGGGGGAACAUUUAUCAAGCUAAUGUUACAAAUGUUUUGUGAAUAAAUGAUAAAAGAGUUUCCCCAGGAUUUGUCUGAGUAUAGCUAAAGCAGUGGAACAUAUUAGCAUACAGGCCCCCUGAUACACGUUUCAGACAGCUGAUGAACACACUGUUGUCUUCAGAUAUGUAACACUUCCAGCUGAACGGAGCAUGUGUCAGACAGUUGUUUCUUUUAUGGAAUCAUCAGACGGUUAAUUAACACAUUUAAUUGGACCAUUUUUCUCAAAUAAUUACUCAACAUCCCAUUUCUCUACGCAUUAACAGACAAACAUUAUUUUGGUAUUAUGACAUGAAAUGUAAACCUCAUUCUGAUAGAUAAGCGACUAAGCAGUCCUAGGUGACAGGCAGGAUUCAACAUCAGGAUAUCAUUUAGUCUCUUGUUGCAUACUGAGUUCAAUUUUGGCCAUAUUUCAGUGAUCAUUGUAUGUUUGCAGUGUGAAGCAUGUGGGUCACAAUUUGACAUAUCAGAUAUUUGAAGGGGAACUCCAAGGACAACUCUUCUUUUAGCUGGUACAACAUUAUAUUCUUUUUUUAGAAUCUGUCAACUCACUUUUCUCCUAUUCAGAUUGUUCUAUCCCUGCGAAGCUUCCAAAGCAAUUAUCCAUAUCGCCAUAUCCACAGCUCUAUUCUGCUCCCAUUAUUCCUUUGAUUCCUUACAUUUCUCGGGCUAAUCCUUUAAUGUUCCCAUCAUGCUUUGAUGGCCCACUUCUCGCCUGGUGAGAUGGCACUUCAGACUGUCUCCUUGGUUCUCAGGACUGUCUAGUAAAGGGUCAUCAAAAGGGCAUCAUGAGUGCAGUUACACAACUCAAUAAUAAAAAAAUAAAAAACAGAAAACCCUGAUGUUUUCUGGCUAAGAUGCCCAUGUCUCAAAGGUUAAUAUGGUAAUAUCUUUAAGUAUGCGAUGUAUUGACUUUACACUUUCUAAUUUAUUCUUCCCUGAGGCGUCACUCUGUCACAGAGACGUCUGUGUUGACAUUGGCCUCUUGCUUUUACACCCCUAUUUCAUGAUUGAUGAUUUUAAUCAUUAAUGAUGAAGCGUUUUAAUCACUCUUAAGAUAUUCUGUCACUAUCCAUUACUUGUUCUGUGUCCUCCUCAACUGCUAAAGCUUUCAUUUACUUUAACAACCCUGUUAAAAUACACCCUUUGGGCCACAGAGGUCAAAACAUGCGCUGAUAGAUUUGUGUUACACCUCAGGGAGAAAUGCCACUUUCUUUGAUUGCAUUUUUGCACUCAACAUGUCAUAUAUAUAUGCUGGUGUGUAUCCGUCUUUUGCUGCUGAUUGCACCAUAACAUGUCUUGUUUAAUUUAUUUCUAUUAUAUUUCUUAGAACCAAUGGUAAGACAUUUUAGUCAAUGCAAAAAGAGCCUUGACUUGAUAGUGUUUUGUGUUAUGGGCUGAAUUUAGCUUCACUGUAAGUGGUUGUAGGUUGGCCUGUGUGUGCUCUUGGUCCCAGCUGCAGUGGCCGGAUCAUGACUUAAACUGCAUGCUGCUUCAGUCAAGAGUCUGAGUCGCUCUGCCUUAUUAACCAGUAGAAUCACUCAGCCUCCUGGGACAAUAGAAAGCUAUCUGCUUAUGAAACCAAAGAAAUCACCUCCGGGCUUUUCUGUGUACCUUUAGCCUUAGACACACUGCUGCUCACAAACACAGAUGCAGUUGGCAUCAUAGUUCCCUAUCCUCCCACUAUAAAGCGUUUCAAUCUUUUAUUAAUGGUUUGUGCUCCUGGGCUGACAUGGAGACCAUUUUAAUGAUUAAUCCGAAAGGAAAGUGUCCAUUGAACACAGAUCCUGAGGGAGAAGCACAACCACUGUGUUGAUCCUUGUAAUAGUUUAAUGAGCCAAUCAAACAUUUCUUUUAUAUUCAGACUGUCUGUGCCAAAAGCUCACAGGACAGACAUUAAAAACAAUACAAAAUAAUUCAUCAAAAUUUGAUCAGAGUGACUGAUGCUCUUUGCUGUUUUUAAACCAAACUGUUUUGUUUGAGCGGGACAACAUAAAAAUAAAUAAUCGUGCAAAAGUGCUAUCAUGGUUCAGCUGUUUCUGGAUGUGUUUCUUCUCAAUAAGUGUGCAGUAGUAGUAAAAAUAUGUGACGCUCAUUUCAGGGACUUCCAGUGUUGUUGAUUUGGGCACCCCUUGUGGACAAAGUGAUAGCUCUUAUAUCUCUUUUUAUUUCAAAUGCAAUGUCCUAAAACCAUUUUAAAUACACAGACUUUUUCUACAUCUACUUAAGGUCGUGAUUGAGAUGCCAAGAGAAAAAUGUUUAUGAUUGUUGAUAACUAGAAAUUUCAGAAAAUCCUGCUCCGUUCGCUUCAUUUUUAACAUAAAAAGUGAGGUUAUAAUGCAGUUGUGCUUGGUCGGGGCAAAGACAGAGAUGGGGGGCACUGGGGUAGCAGAAAGUGGGUGGGGGGGUUGGUUGGGAGUGGUGAUGAAUACUAACAGCCCAGCACUUAUCUCACCACAAAGGAGCAGAUGUCUGUCCUGACUAAGCGUGCCCUCUCCAGACAGGACUGUUUCUUUGGUGGCUGUCUUUGUCUUUCCCAAUGACUCCUUCAUGCAGUAUUUUUGACAUUGACGAUGUAUACACCAGGGGAAGAUGUUGGCUUUUUCCAGGACAAAAAUUGCACAUGAGGUUUUAAAUACACAGAAUAGUGUUUGAAACCAGCUGAAAUUGGGUCAAUAUAGAACUACAACAUCUAAUCAAAACAGUUGUCUUCAAAUUACUAAACACAAACUGAUGCAUUUCUUUUUAUUUUAGUUUCAGUUUUUCAGUCAUGCAUUUGUAAUCCUUUGAAAAAUGCCUCUAUCUGCCCAAGCAUAAAAAAGAUCCUUCCCUCCUCAUUUUCUUCACUUUAUUGUGGCCCAUAAGUGAGCAGGGAUGUCACAUCCUGUAGUAAUGUUCCAGGGAGAGAAUAAUCCCAAAGUGACAGUGGCGAGAUCCAUGGUGCCCAUCGGCCUAGCUUAAGAAAGGCCACUUACCUCCAGGUCUGAGCUCCUAUCAACAUUUGUUCUUGGAGUCACGGCAGUUAAAGGACAAACUCGACAUUGACAGGCCUCAGUCCUAAUGAAGAGGCUGUUAUCUACAGCCUGAGUGCUGAUACGGAGGAGAGCACUACCAGUGACACUCCUGUUUCCUUUCACAGACUUAACUAGUGGGUGUAGGGGCACACGGUCCAACCUUGAUCCAAGCUGACCUCUUCAGACUAUGUUAUGAGAGCUAAGACCAGAGUGCCCAUCACAGCUUGUCACAGUCUGACAGAUCUAACGAGUGAAACUGACAUACACUGUGAAAUCCAGAAAAUAAACUGCAGCGGUAUAUACAACAUUGUCAACUUUAGGGAAGAUGAAAAGGGAAAAGGUUUCACUGAGUUCCAGGACCUCUAUUGUGUUCAGCAAUGUGCAGUUUCAAUGCAGAUGUGUAGCUUUUACUAGCACCAGCUGUUAUUGCUGCCCUGCCAGGUACCUAUACAAUAGCAACAAGAUGGUUUUGGUGGCUGUGAGAUAUGGACACACUGACUGUGACCAAUUUACUGAGACUUUUUUUAGAUGAUGAAUUAGGUAUAAAAGGGGCAUUUAAGCUGCAGGUUUUAUGGUACAUGAGUACUUCUGCUGUAUCUUUAACUGAACCUGAUAAGUAUACAGGUCAAACAGUUUUCUGACUGUUUUACACCCAAGCAAGAAUGGAAUUUUUAAGACUGAUGCCGAUGAUUAGGAUUUUAGAAAAGUUCAUCUAUUGCCUCUGUUGCUGAAGAUCUAGGAAAUGUUUGACUUGGAAAUAAGAACUGAACUUUUUCAUUCUGAUCAGUUAAACUGUUGAGUAAAAUCAAGCUUCAUUUUUAAGAAUAAAUAACUUGAUUAUUGUAUAUUUAAAUUAUUCCACUAUUCAUUCCACUAUUCCACUUGGUGUGUGCAGGAAUAACAGUCCAUGUGGAGAGAAAAAGCAGGUGUAACACAUACUGCCAUAAUGACGUCUAACUUUCACUGACAAUUGGUAAACUGACAAUGCUUUAUUUAUCUCCAUAAACAGAUUUCUUUUUGCAGCUGCAGCGAACAGUUUGUUACCAGUCAUUUCUUGAAUCCAAAGUUGGGUUGCACAAAUCAAUCAAAAUAUUUUUUUCUUCUCCUUAAAACGUUUGCAUUUUUACUGUUAUAAAAAAUCUAUCUUGGCAUACUCAAGAGCCUUGAAGUGUAGGUUUCUUGUUUUACUGCUGAUUUCAGAUUAAACCAAGAGAACUGAUUUUUAUGAACAAAGGGAUAAUACAACAGGAAUUCAUGACCACUGUGACACAUUACUGCAUCUACAGCUGAAAAAAAGAUGUCUUUUUACCCAGCCACAGAUUUAUAUCUAACUUUUACAAAGUUUUUAUGUCUUAUGCGCUCUAGAUAAUUCACUUUCAUUGGUUUUGACAACUUCCUCCAAAUACCCAUGAACAGUGUGACUCAUCAUGGGUGUUUGUGUCUGUGCUGACUGACCACUCCACCAAAAUAUCCCUCAUUCAGACAACUCCCUGCUAAAGCGCUCACGGCAUGAACGGAUGGGAGACAUAACAGCACUGCAGUGGCUCUAGGUUUAAUGUUUGCUGUCUUUCUGGUAUACAGAUCCAGCACACCAGCCUUUUAAAUCUUCAGUUUACUUGUAAUAUGUUUUCAUGCAACAUUUGGUUUUAAAAGUGUCCAAAAUACUAAAAUGGUUUUACCACGCACAGUUUGAAGCCCGUACCCCACUUUCAUUCAUGUGCAGCGCUCCACCUGCAUCAUCACUAAUGUUCUUAUGCAGAUUAUAUCUGCGUCUGUCCUGGGUUUCCCUAAACUCUUCCAGAGGGGAAAGCAAUAAAUUAUGCUAAAAAGCAGCGCUAAAUACGCUCCUGUCCUGUCAUCUUUUGAGAGGUGUUUUCUAUGCUUUGGGGUGUUUCAAACAGUAUUAUGUGCUUCUUUUGGCUCCCUACAAGAAAAUUAGUUCCAGUCUGAUCCAAAUGUUCUGCUUUGUGCCUGGAUGCUCAGCAGCGUUAUGCAGAUAUGAUGUUGUGAGUAGAGGGGUGGGUUUAUGUAUGGGGCUCAAUGAAAGACGCCCGGGCUUCUCUAUGCACUGCAGUACUCAAGUGUUCCUCCAAGGAAAGCUCCAUCAUGAGGUUCAGAAUGCAGGGUAUUAGCAAAACCCCAGUGAGAUCUCAGCAUAUUUAAUCCAUCCUCUCUUUAAGCUCCUCUUCUAGCUUGUGGACGGGGUUUAUUCCUGACACUUUAGACGGCUCCAGCUGUGUAUUAAUAUUGAAUGAAACUGAGAUAUCUCUGACAGGGUUUAAAAAAAUCUGAAACAUACUCUGCUAGCAGGAACUAUUCCCAUCUCUGAAUUCAGGACAGUGUCCUUUCUUUGUUGAAUCUUUUUCUGAAACCUUUUUGAAUGUGUUUUUGACUUGUUGUGCCGGGCAUGUUGGCUGAAUUUUUCUUUUACUCUUUUUUAUUACAGAGGGAUGCAAAGGGACAGUAUCUGUUUGACCUCAUCUGCCACCACCUCAACUUGCUGGAGAAAGACUAUUUUGGCAUCAGAUAUGUUGAUCCUGACAAGCAGCGGGUAAGUGUUCACAUGUGGGAGAGGGCAGGACUGGGGCUCUUGUGUUAAAAGUUAAAGUUUUUUUUUAUUAAAUUCUAUUUUAGUUUGGGUAGCGAGAGGUCAUGUCAUGCAGCAUAUAAGGACCAAGAUGGAGCAAACUUAGUUGCUACUGUAAGGAUUCAUUCCUAGUGUGUACAUGCAGAAACACAAACAUAUUUAUGAAGUCUGUAUUUUAGUGAACCACGUCGUUUUCAAAGGUGAGAGAAGUAUUUCCUGAAAUGUUCGAUAUUUCCUUCUAUAGCUGGAGGACCUGCGUGGAUCUUGUCCAUACAAAAGCAUAAACAGAAACAGAUGGCUUUACUUCAAAGACUAAACAGAUUUGAUUGAGUCGUUGAAUGAAGAGCAGAAAACUAUUUCUAUUUGUGGCUACCUUUCUGACUGUUGUUUAUCUACCAGGCUGUUCUGCAGGGAGGCAUGUUGUAGCACUGCUUUGAUUCAUGAAGUAUUCACAUGUUCACAGAUCAUGUUGGUGUCCUGCAGAUAAGAGCUAAGACCUGCUGAUGCUGCAUUUUCUAUGCUGUCGCUCAGGACUAUUCUGGUGGUUGUUACCGUGGGUCGGGUUGGAUUGUUGGGAGAAAGGGAGAAAGAUGAAAAGAGAGAAAAUACAUCCACUGGGAAUGAGGAAUCUGAAUCUGGCUGUUGAUUCUUGGUGUCUUCAUAUCUAUCUCCACCAGCAGGAGCUCACUGAUCAGAUCUAUGACCAGAAAACCGCCUUACGGGAAACUAUCAGUAACAACUGAAUGUCACAGCAGCAGUAUGGACAGUGUCAUCUGAGUGAAUGCAGCUUACUGUAAAUAGAUAUUAAUGCGAAUUGUCUGUUUCCUCUUUCUAAUGCAGCACUGGUUGGAAUUCACAAAAUCAAUUGCAAAGCAAAUGAAAUGUAAGUACAUUGAUUUUCUGAUUUUUCACCAUCAGGUCUGCUCUUAAGUUCAUGAGUAAUCUGAAAUGCAUCUUUUCAACUAAAUCUUACAUUACUGACAUAGAAUUAACAUGAAGACGUAUGGCUGAUGAACAGUGUCAGGCAUUUAUACAGUGUUAACACCAACAGUGUUUUCUUGUCAUUGUCUCAGAGCACCAGUAGUUGAAUGUGAACCAUUUUUAUAACAAACAUUAAGAACUUAUAGGAACUUUUAAUACCAGUAAACUCUGCUUUGUCUUUUGUUUAUAUGACACAUUUGUGGCAGGUAUUGUUCUUUUACUCCUUUCAUCACGCAGAAGACAAUUUUACCAGAAAACUGAGAUAAACUUGUUGAUAAUGAGGCCUUGUUAUGGGUCGACUGACUUUCCCCACAGUAUAUGAGGAAACUCUGAUUAUCUCCUCUUGGCCCAAGUACUUUGUAAUUGCUGUUUACAAAUACUGCAAAGAUAGAGGUAAAAAUCAUCACCUAAUAUAUGACAUAAUAAAACACUACAGGAGCCAGUUAUGCAUCUUUGAUUAUUAAUCUACUGUUUUACCUUUCAAUUUAAAGGUUUAAUUUAAUUAAUUUAAUCAUAAUUUUAAUUAAAUUAGAUUUAAUUCAAUUUAAAAUGGAGUCUGUGAUAAUUUUCUACUAUUAAGUAUCAAGUAAAUGAUCUAAAUGUAAUAUGAGCAAUGCUGUGAAUGUUCAAAAUUUGUGUUUGUUUGUCCUAAUUAUUGUAAAAAAAUGUGUACUGUUAACCAGUAAACUUUGGGACUUUUAAAAUUAAGACGACACAAUAAAGUAUAGUUAUUUAUCUGUGAUUAUUAACACAAAGCAGCUCAUGGUAGUUUACAGUGGUUGUUUGUAAAGAACAGAAAAAUGCUUUUGUUUUAUUGAAGUAAUAGAUAUACAAAGACAUUAAAUCUUCUAAUUCUUUGGGAUAAAUCAAUCAGUUCACAAAUCUGAACUCAGCUCUGCCGUCUUCUUCGAUCUUCUGUUGUUUAUUUAAGCUCCCAUAAUGCAAAGCUACAGACCAUUUAACUGUUUUGUGUUUAUUUCCUGCAGCUCAGCCUCCAUUCACCAUGUGUCUAAGAGUCAAGUUUUACCCUCCAGAGCCUGCUGUUCUCAAGGAGGAAAUCACACGGUAUGACCCUUCGAUAAACGGAUAAACACGCUCCAUUUCCCUCUCCUAAAAAGCUACGACUUACUUUUUUGCCACUUUAAAAACAAAGAAACCUCCAUCAUCAUGCUAUCGACCUUUGAGGCACCUCUGCACCUUGUUUAUAUUAUUAUUUUUCAAUAUCAGCCUCUGGUUCACACAGUGACAGCGCUCCAGCGUUUUUAGACAGAGCAUACAUGUCUCUUUGUGAAACAUUAUUUAUGAGCCUCCAUAAUUAAAAUGUCUGAGUACUGUCUAAAGCAUUAUAAUAAAUAUUACACACGGCACAGUUUGCAGAAGAAGUUGUGGAGCAGGGAAAGGUGUAGAAGCCUGCCUAAAGCAAGAUAACACACUAAAGAGAAUAUAGUUAUUCUUCCUAAAUUGGACCUUGCAAUAACACUUAAAGCAAAUAGUGAAAUAAAUAUUUCACAUUAUUUUGCAGGAAAGGGAAAGUGUCCAGCUCAAUCCAAGAGUAAGCAAAGCUGAGUUUGUGCUGCAGCUUCUGCACAAGCUCAUGCACAGUUCCCUCAUAGAUUUAUCGCUCACUACAGUUAGUGGAGGCUAUCCUUUCUUUCUCUCUCCUCGAGGUGUAAUGAGAUCAGAUGUGCGCCACAUGUACUGCUGUUAGUGUGUACGUAGAAUAAAUGUAAAGCAGAGAGAGAAGAUGGGGGGCAAAGGGCUCUGAUUGAGAGUAGAGAGGAAAAGAGGGCAGAUAAAGGCGGGGGUGUGAGGGGUGAGGAGGGGAGAGAGAGUGAUACAUGAUGAUGAGAUUGGAGAGGGCAGACCACAGGAGGAAGGAGGGGGGUAGGGUAGAGAGAGGGCAAAUAAUCAAUCACACCCACAAGGCUCCCUCUUGCCAUACUGUGUAGAACAUCAAUGCCAAAGGAAAAAGGGUAGACACCAAAAACAGAGUGAUUUUAUGCUAAAUUUAUUGACUCUUAACAUUAGACGAUUUAAAUUAAGAUACCGCCUUCUUACCAAACACUGAUGCGGGGACUUGCCUGGUAGAUGUUUUACUGUAUAACCACUUGAAGCUGCCAUGAUAUUGAUUAAACAUAGCAUAACAUAAUAACAAUGAAAUUGAAGCGGUUUGGAUUUUUUGUCAGCUCUCUCCCUGUGCAUUUGCCUCUAGUGGUCAUCAAAGGAAGUUCCGGUUUUGCCACUUCAGUGUUGGCUUCAUUAUUUAACUUCUGAGGUCGCUGCUUGAGCUAGACCUGUCUUUCAAAAAUGAUAACUAUCAUAAUAAAAAGCAUGUAUUUUUCAUUUAUUUACUUAAUUUAAUCUUUAUUUUUAAUGACAAAGUUAAGCUUUUUGGGUUUAGCAAACAGUUCAGUACAAAAAAAUCACACAAGUGAAACAAAUUAACAUUAACGAGAUUAUAUUUCAUCCUGUAUGUAUGGUAUUAAAUUAUAGCCACUAAGCAGUUGUUUAUUCUGAAUAUAUUAAUCAAAUGAUUGCUCCUGAAUAUAUAGUUAAACUUGAUUCAGACUGUGCCGCUUUUCCACACAUCCCUCCAUACAGGAAGUGUUUGGAGCGUGUGAAGGAAUGGCCUAGAUAGAGGAAAGCAAGUCUGCUUCACUGUUUGAAGAAAAAGAAACAGUGAGAUAAAAAUAUAUUUUAAAAAUUGGUCAUAACUACAACAACGAUCAUCAUAAUUGCUACAGCCAUGGUCAUUUAGAUUCUUACUGUUGGUUAUUAUCUCAGAGAGAUAUCAGGCUUUAGGAACUGAUUGGUUGAAGGAUACUGAAACUAGGCUGGAGGCUUUAAGAGAAAAAGAGUGUCAGUAGCAGCUUUUCCCUCGGGGUCUUCUCAUCCUCCUUUCCCCCAAACAAAACCCUCAUUUCAGUGAAAUCAAAAAGAAAUAUUCAAAGCACCCAUAGCGAGCGAGAACUGCACAGACUUUGAGGUUUAUCAGGUUUGUUGUUUUACUUCUACUUAUUUUAUUCCUUCUGUGUUUUUACUGAAAAAUGGUUUGGGGUACUUAUCAAUAUCAUCAGUAUUCCAAUGAGCAGGCCUGUCAUACUGUUUGUGAUUUUUGCCCUUUCCUUCGCAGAUAUCUUGUCUUCCUGCAAAUCAAGAGAGACCUCUACCACGGUCGGCUACUGUGCAAAACCUCGGAUGCGGCCAUGCUGGCAGCCCACAUCCUUCAAGGUAAUGGGAGGUGACAGAUGGAAAUGACUUACACCACUCUGCUUCACUCUCUGUUCAUGACCUCUGUUUAACUAUGUCCUGUGGUGCUGCAAUCUGAAAAAUACUGCCAGCAAAGAAAACAGAUUUAUUAAUAAUGAAUUAGACUGAAUUAUAAGUGAAAAUUGAAGGUCUAAUUAUUUGUAUUUUUUCUCUUUAUUCAUGCAUGAGAUUGUUAAAGACGAAGAUGAUGUGAUUUUUCAUACUGAUAUUAAAGUUGUGCAAAGAAGACAGUUUCUCUCUAUGAUAAUUACAUAAGCUCUCUGCACACUCCUUCAGCUAAUGCUACUUUAUAAAGUAUUCAGUUGUGGUUAUCUGCCAUCUUAUCAUUUUUUCACCAUACAAACACAAACAAACGUAGACACGCAGACGAAAACAAACACAACAACACGUAAUAUGCUGGCACAGCUAGCAUCACAGAUAGCUCUGUGUUUGAGGAGAAGCAGGUCCUCAAGAGGAGGAGCUGAUAAAUUAAAGAUGAGCUGCAUGGUCAGCUCCUCCUCGCAGAUAGAAAUCAGUAUCAGGGUCAUCUGAGGAAGUGCAGUGUGGCAUGAAGGAACAGAAAUAAUCCAGGAUUCCUCUGCUAGUCUACAUGAGUGAAAGCACCACUCUGUUGAAAUCAUUUGAUGACAUUUACUUUUUUUUAACAUACACAUUCUUUUCUGACACCCCCCUCCCCAGCUGAGAUUGGUGAUUAUGACCCUGGAAAGCAUCCUGAAGGUUACAGCUCCAAAUUCCAGUUCUUCCCCAAACAUUCAGAGAAGCUGGAGCGCCGGAUCGCAGACUUGCACAAGACAGAGCUGAUGUAAGAGUGAAAAAAUCACACUGACCAGUAUCAGUCUUUCUUCCUCUCAUAUGCCUGUAGAUCCUGCACUCACGCGUGCUGAACGAACACCAGACUCUCUAGAACUUUUACUGUAUGUAGUUGACUGUAGUAAAAGUACAAUCGCUUUUCUGUAUUGUUAUAGCAAGGGAAAUAAACCCCCUUUAUAAGCAGAUAACAGAGAAAAAGCAUUCAGUCUGCUCUUAUAACAGUUAUUAGCUGUAUGAGUUUAGUAGUGACCAAUUCAGCUGGACAAGAAGAAGAUUAUAAGCUAAUUAUGGCAGCAAGGAAAUAGCAGAUCCAUACACACACAUGUACAUACACACAUAUAGACACUCUUAUGGACAGACAGAGAAAUAUUAAACACCCAAAUCACUGAUGAAGGUCUUCAGGAUCACAAAAAUUCCACUAAAAUAAGAUCUAAAGUCUUAAUUAUGUAAAUUCAAGAAUCAGAUGGUUGAUGAAAAUCGCUUAAACAAAUAAAGUUGAAACCAAAGAAAAUAAAAAAGUAUUUUCAAUGAUACACAAGGAGUCAAAAAAGAGAUAGAAGUCUAAUUUCAAAACUAUUGGAGCAGUUUUAGAAAAAGUAUGGAACUCUGCUGCCCACUAGUGGCGUCUUUUUCUCUCACCAUUAAGUAAUCCCUGCACUUUGCCAUAAUGAUUUAUGAAUUGUCAAACCUAAUGUAACAGAGUUUAAGAUAAAUAAACAAUAACCACGAUUCUGCAUAUUUUGCACCAUUUCAUCUUCUACAAACUUGUUUUACUUUAACUUUUUCUCUAUAAAUUAAAGUGCUUUUGUCAGCAGAAUUGACUGGCCUUUUAAGACUUUGUCGUGCAUUGUUUAUGUUUGUCGUGGACUGACACAGAUGCUCUGUGUGUUAUUACCUCCCCUCAGUGGACAGACACCUGAAACAUCAGAGCGAAAUUUCCUCCAGAAAGCCCAGAUGCUGGAGACAUAUGGCGUUGAUCCACAUCCGUGCAAGGUUUUUCCUCUGGACUAUUUUCAAGUGCAAAAAAGAAAAGUUCUGUCAAACUUGGACGCUGAAAUAUUGUGAUUUGUUUUACUGUACAUGCUACAACACAUGUCUGGUUUUUGGCCCAUUUAUAUGUGCGUUUAAGUUCUCUUCUCUACAUUCUUCUAGGAUGUGUCUGGGAACCCAGCCUUCCUCGCCUUCACGCCAUUUGGUUUUGUGGUGCUUCAGGGAAACAAGAGAGUUCAUUUUCUCAAUUGGUGAGCCAAAUGUGCAAAUUUAUUGCAUGUGUUCACUGGAAGCGAAAAAGAUCAAGAGUGCGCUGCAGGCUUUGAAUUUACCUCAUUUGGCUCCUUACAUGCACACCGUUCCACUUGAAACAGCAUGCAGAGUACAGCUGGUUGUACAGUCACAGUCAACAAAGCUCAUCCAUCUGCUUCUACCUGUGCGAGGAGCCGGCAGCUAGCAUGAGCACAGAUGGCUAAUUAUACCAGCUAGAUUUCAAAUAAGGUCAAUAGCUUGAUUCGUAUAGGCUGUACAUGUAUUAGGCGCCCACACAUUUUUAAUUCAGGAGGAUGCUUGAGUAACGGCUUGAAAAUGCGAACAUGAUGUGUUUGUAUUUAUCAUGCGUUGUUUGUUUGUAAUUGAGGCCCCUGUAUCGUUUACAGUAUUUACUCAGCCUUCAGCGGUGCUCAGGUUCACCUCCAUUCUCCAUCCCCAGUCCGCAGGGAAUAAUAUCUGUUAUUUGUUUUGUCAGGCGAGCGCAGCUUUGUGGCUGUUUAUGUGAUCUCAAAGUGUUUGUCAUGAAUAUUUAAAGAGGCUGUGGCUUUUCUGUUUCUGCUUGCUGGUUAAGUAUGUAACUGUUGCUGGUGCUCUCUCUCUCUCUCUCUCUCUAUCUCUCUCGAAUAGGAGCGACGUGACCAAACUGAAGUUUGAAGGCAAGACUUUCCACGUACAUGCAAAUCAAAAGGAGGUGAGAUAAUGACAUGUCGGCAUGGAGUAACUGUUUGUCCAAGUUGGAGGAUGGUUUGAUAUAGUUUCCUGCACGUUUUCUCAUUUUCAACGUGCAGGAAAAACAGAUCAUCUUGACGUACUUUGCGCCCACUCCUGAGGCGUGCAAGCACCUUUGGAAGUGCGGGGUGGAGAACCAAGCUUUCUAUAAGUGAGUCUACAAAUUUCUUCCCCCCGUGUAAUGGUUUUCUGUCAAACUGUCAUGAUUUAGUCACGCCCUCUGCAUCCCUGAGUGCUCCUGGGAAGGUUACUGUCACAGUACAGUACCCCCAUGCCCUUAAAAGCCCUUCCCUCCAGGUUGUUUGUCAGCGGGAAAACGAGGUGUGAGUUGUUUCUGACCUUUAGUGAAUGAGAGCACGCCGGCACGAGACUGCAAGUACAGCACUGCUCCUUCCUUCUGAGAUAUGGUUCCCCUGUCCCCACCAUAAAAAAACAGUGUGGAUCCCCUUUGCUCCCUCUAGCUCAGAGAGGUGAUUUAGAAAAAAAAGACAGGAGCAUGUGAGCGCAUAGCUCCAGGAGUGGUGUAAUAAUGACUAGAGUUGAUUACUCUGGCAAUAAAGAGUGGGUGUGGAGGUUAGCAGAUGGAAGAGGGGGAAGAAUGGGUGCAUGAGAAGGGCAGAGCAUCACAGGAUCAUUGAUGGAGCUAAUAUGAAGUGACCUCAGUGUGACUUUCUAAAGAGGCGGAUAAUAUUUUAUCAGCCUCCUGCUUAUUACGAUCUCACUGCAGAGGGGAUGUGUGGAACCAAGCAGACGCAAGAUGCACACAUAUCCAUGAAAAAGGACAUUAAACAUUCAUAUAUCACUUACUACGACAAUACAAACAUAUUGAAUACUGUAUGGAGCCGUGUCGAUGCAGCCCCUUAUAGCGCAUGCAGAGAACAUGCAUAAUUCAAUAACCUGGUAUUCUAUCCCGCUUCUGCUUUGUCAUGGGAUUCAGACCGCAAAGAUUGAAUCCAUUAAUGCUUUUUGUUAGGAGCACAUUCUUGCAACACUGAGCUGCCAUCCUGUUUGGUUUUAGUUCAUUUGUUGAUUAUUUUUUUUCUCCUUGUCUCAUUAGGCUGGAGAAGUCGAGUCAGGUUCGCACUGUGUCGAGCAGCAACCUGUUCUUCAAAGGCAGCCGUUUCCGAUACAGGUAAAGAACUCGCUGAAACGUUAUGACUCAUGACAGGGGAAGGGGGGGACACUGCAGAGAAACCUCUCAGCUUAAGGUGGAGAGUGAAGCUCCCUGGAGAUGUGGCUCCUUGGAUUUUUGUUUCUUUAACGUUAGCUUGUUUCAACAGAUAACACCCAUAACUCAGAAGAAAGGUCAGGGAGGAGGAAAUAAAGGGAAAUGAGGCAUUAUCACCUUGUGUGAGCUUGUUUCUGAUUGUUAAAGAACCAUUUCAACCAAAUUGUUUAUACAACAAACAAAAAAAUCAGUUUUCAGCUUAUUAAAAUUCUAAACAAUGUUUAUGUCUGAUGUCUAGUUCUCUCUUUGCUCUUGAGAUGAAUUGAAUUUGUGUAAAACUCAGUAUUAUUUAGGCAUUUUACUGACUCCAAGUCUGUCUGUGAAUCAUUUUAACCCUAAAAAACUGUAUGAAAAGAAAGGUCUUUGUUGGAGUUUUCACAAAACACAGACCUCUAAAAACUUCAGCUGCUAAACCAAAGUGUCUACAUAGCAAAAUACCACUUGAAGUGUUAAGAUUCUCUAUUUACAUUUGGAUUGAUCUGUCCCUUUUUAAACAGGAGUCGCUUUAUUCAGUCAUGGCAAGUAAUUCAAAUUAAAAAUCAAUAGUAGCAUUCAGAGAUGAAAAAAAGAGUGUAUUUGGAGUUCAAGCUGAAAAGAUUGAGCUGCUGUGGAGGGGGUUAUCAUGAUCAUUGUUUUGAUAUUUUUGCCAGCACGUCUGUGUGUGCACUUGUAUGGCUGUUUAUAAUUAAGUUACACGAAGCUGAAUUCAUCGAGUUGAUUCAAUCAUGAUGCUUAUGUUCUGCAUUCAUCCACUGCGCUGAUGGCAUUGGAUGACACCAGUGUGCCUGGGUUUUUGUGUGUUUGCGUGUGCGUGAGCGUAUGUGAAACUCAUCCUGAGCAUCGUCUCUGUGCUUUACAACAGUGGACGAGUGGCAAAAGAGGUGAUGGAGCAGAGUGCCAAAAUCAAACGUGAACCUCCAGAAAUACACAGGUAGAGUUGUAAACUCAGGACAGGUCAGAAUGUUGUCAAUCACAUUUUUCUUUAUAUUUAUUUUUCCAUUUUCUUGGGCACCAAGCAAGUGUUGUUUUUUUCUUUUAUUAGCUUCUACCUUCUGGCUGCUGUAGAAGUUAGCUCCGAUCACAGCUGACUCUCAGCGCAUUCAUAUUUGUGUGUCCUGUGUGCUUUCGUGUGUUUGUUUCUGCAGGGCUGGCCUUGUGCCUAGCAGAAGUUGUCCAUCCAUCACACACGGGCCUCGCCUCAGCAGUGUACCGCGCACGCGUCGAAGAGCGGUGCACAUAUCAAUCAUGGAAGGUAAGGACUGGACUGUACCACCACACUUCAUCAGACGUAAGCAAGCGACAAAUUCUCAGUUGGUUGCAGAAGUGAUGGCGGCUACAUAACAUUUUGUCCCUUAAGUGGUUAGUACAAUAAUAAAACUUAAGUAUCAAAAGUCUACCCCUCCAACACUCAUACAUAGAUAUUCAUAUCGUAACUAGAGCCAUUUGCCCCGGUUCAUGACUCCAGGGCUGGCGGGGAAGCUUCAGGCAUGUGCGUCAGUCAGCCCGCUCCACUUCAACGCAGAGUUUCAGGGCUGUCAGCGUGUACUUUAGAAAGAAGUCUGUUAGUUUUUCCAACUCAGUGGCAGCUAAAGUCACUUAUCAGCCCACCUGCACGGUUUUGCUCUCGAACAGGUGGCCUCGCUUUUCUGUUUCUUAGACAGACACAGCAGAUGUUCCGCUCAGCAUGGCUCAGAGUAACACUCGCAGUCGGACAAACUUGAAGUCUUUGUACGCUGCGGUAAAUGGAGGUCAGAAGCAGGUGCAUUUAAAGGAUCUGUUGGUGGGCGUUCAAGAGAGCCAUAACAGCUUCCCCCUGUGUGUGCUGACUGGGUGUCUUGCAGUGGUAUUAAUACCCCAACUGAAAAUAGCCCAGGUCUUCUACUCCAUGUAUGUCUGUGGUCUGGGUGGAGCCAAAUCAGGCCCAGCCAGUGUUGCUGAGUGUAGCACUGCUGCACAGUCCCAGGGCUUUACCUUGCUCACUCCUCCUUGUAAACUGCAACCAAGGCAGAGCCCUUAGGCCUUGCAAGCUGACGGCAAGACUGUGGCCUGGACUCCGGGACAGGGACCAUAAUAAGGGGUUAAGUGCGUGCAUGCUGCAGCCAUGGUGAAGUGUCUGAUCCGUAUCACCACUCGGGUGAACGUCCACUUGCGUAUGAUCAACCACUGUUACCGGGAUGUGAAGGUUCGCGUGCUGAGCCUGGGGCCUCGUAUGCUGGGUAAGGCCCUGGGUAUUCUGCCCCUCUACCCGGCGCUGACAGGACCACAGGGGUCUGCCAGUGUCACCCCUCUUCCUGGCACUCCACUGCCUUGCCUUCAGCCUUCCAGCAGCUCUCCAGGUAAACUUCUCAAAGACACAGCCAGGCUUGCGCUCUACAUGGUGGUGGCCUCUGCUCUCUCUAUUUUAGAACAGUCACAUUGGGGUUGGCAGGGAGGCAGAGACCCCAUUACUGUGGUUGUUUGUCCCCCAUUGGUAUCGGUGUGGCAUUUUUGUAUGUGUUUUAUGAGCUUUCGUUGAUUUAGUUUUACAAGGCAGUCGCCGUACUUACAAGAGGCUUAUUAAAUUCAGAGAAAUGUGGAUUUUUCUGCCUAUUAAAACUCAUUUGUGAUGUUUUAUGUAAAGAACAUUUUUGUUUAAUAAAUGGAUUUUUGGUAACAAAAAAACAAAACAAAGAACACUGAACAGGCAGAAAGGUAAAAAGCUUUUAGUAUCAUUAAGCAAUAUAUUGGUUAUUGUGAUCAAACUACAAAUCCAAAACCUCUCUGCUUGCUUCCUUAUUGCGAGCAGAACACGGCAAAUGCUUUUGCUGUUUAAAACUAAGUAAAGAUGUUUGCCAACACUCAGUCAGCCUCUGGAUUUCCUUAUUUCCCCCCUGACAGGAGUUUAAUGUCAGCAGAGGCUUAGACGACAGACAUAAUCUGUCCUACUUUUCCUGCAUUCUUGAAAAAGUUCCUCACUUGAUUUGCUUCUCGGUUCAAAGCUGAAUUUUAAUCCCUUUUCUUCUGAGUGGAGGUGUAAUGUUGCUGCUUUGACCCUCUGGAGAAUGUGAUAUGGUCAGCAAAGGGCUCAGCCGUAGCUCACAUCACCUGCACAAAGCAGUGAGAGGCUCUCCUUCUCUACAGCACAGCAUUUCAGAACCAGUGAAAAACCCCAAGAAGCCUCUGCAUCGAUGAAUAAUUGAGGGUUGAAAUGAAACUCCAACUGUCCCUGAUUUAAACAUGAUUUCACCACUGAGGCAGCUACAUGAAGGAGCAGUACUGACUUUGAUAUUCAGAUUGUUACGUAAUAUUAUCUCUUGUAAUGAUUCAAGUCAUCAAGGAUUGCUGCUGCACAGUAGUUAACAUAUCUGUGUGAUUUUGCAUCAAGCUCAUAAAGAAACGUGUUUGAAAAAUAAAUUAAUCUGUUUAAAAUAGACUCAUCAUUUUGCUUUUUGUCCCCACAUAGAUUUGUUCGAACCUAAUCACUUUUUUUCAAGACUACACCUUAACACUAACACACUGAAAACUCUUACUUUGAAACACUUACUGUUUCAGUUUCUCCCUCUCUAAAAUGGGAAAACCAAAGAAAACUAUUUAUUGAUUUAAAUUGGAACCAUUACAAGCCUCAUUGUAACUCCAAAUGAACAUAGAUUUGUAUUUUGGCUCAAAACAAACCUAAAAAAUGUCUCUCCCUGCCUUUUAUUAUGAAACUGCUUUUGGAAAAUUCACGUUUUUGUGGCUGUAUGGACAGAGCGUUCAUGUCUUUUGUUGAUGGGUUUGAACUCUCUGUAGGUGUAAAUAUUCUCUACACUUAUAAUGCAAGUAGAAUAAGAUGUUUCCUCCAUGAGGGAUGGUCAUUAGGCAUCAUAUCUGUCAGCCUGCAACAUGGAAAAGUUCCUUUCUGUCUGCUCCACUGUUGGGUAAACAUGAUCAGAUUUCUGCUCUCAAACUGGAGUGGAUAUGUCCGUGUGCUAUUACAAACUUCAGCCUGACAAAUGGCACAGUGAGGAGAAGCCCCUGGGAUAUUAGAGCCAGAGCAACUCUCCUUGCCUUAAAUCCAGGGGUCAGUUCAUAGAUUUUCUAAUAGUCUAAUCUGUUUGCUUUUCACAAUCCACUAGGUUUGGAGUCAUUGCGCGACAGUGCCCACUCUACACCGGUACGUUCAGUGUCCCAUGGGGAAUCUUUCAUGCCUCGCUCCCGGAGCCAGGCCACAGAUGGCAGCGAGGGCGCUGCGGUGAUCUCGGAUGAGGCCUACAGCCCCUCCGACAGCGUCCUGCCCACCCCAGUGGCUGAGCACAGCAUGGAGCUGGCUGCGUCACGUCAGAUCAACGGGGCCCCCUGCAGCAUCGAGGAGGAGAAGGAGUCAGAGGCGGGAACCCCUUCACAUGGGGAAGGGGGUGACUUUGAUGUGGAUGGUAAAUCUGCACAGGAAGGUGCUGAAGGGGACUCAGCCCUCAGCGAGGUGGAACAGGUGAAUAAAUUUGUCUUAAGUGUCCUCCGUUUGCUCCUUGUGACCAUUGGACUCCUCUUUGUCUUGCUCCUCCUCCUCAUCAUCCUCACCGAGUCAGACCUUGACAUUGCAUUUUUACGUGAUAUCCGCCAGACCCCCGAGUUUGAGCAGUUCCAUUACGAGUACUUUUGUCCCCUCAGGCGGUGGUUUGCCUGCAAGCUCCGCUGGGUGGGCGGGUUGCUCAUUAACAAGUGAGAGUGAGGUCGUAGAGUUCGUAAGCCUGUUCGGGGGUCUGGGAAGACGGUUAAGACUCCAGAGUGAUGGAGGGCAGCUUCGUCCCACCCAUGAACCCUGCUUCUCCCAUCAUCCUCCUGCAGACAUACAGCUUGGACCACUCCUGGUAACACUGAGCCAGGAUCUCUCUCUCUCCCCCUCCUCCACUUUGAGUUAACCCACCCACCCACCCACCCAACCACCUCCUCGUUUCGCUUAAUUUUUUUUUCUACAAAGCCAGAAGACUUUUUUUUCUUUUGCAUUUUUUUUUUUUAUUCUAUUUUAAGUCAUUUCAGGUAUUUUAUUUUUUCAGAUAAUGCAAAGUAAAAAAAAAAAAAACUGAACUGAAAUCAAAAAAAAUUUGGGCAGUUCCUUUCGCAGGAACAGAGGGUUAUGUUGUACCAGAUGAGCGUUGCCUGUGUUUGUUAUUUAUUUCUUUUCAACAGGUAUUUGCAUAAGGAGAGAGUACAGAGUACAGAGUACUCAGAGAGAAAGUAACUGAGGAAGUUUGAUUGUUAUUUAAAUGAAGAUGGGCAUGUGUUAAGUUAAAAAUGAAAGGCCUACUGUUGUUAUGUAUAUGCCAGGCAGAGAGUAAUAUAUUUUGAUAUAUUUGAUCUUCAUCCAAGUUAAAACAGCAGAGCACCUCAUGAGUAAAACAAUAACUGUGAAAGGUGAAUGAAGGCGAAAGUCAGAGUGAUUAUCAACUGCCUUUAUUGAGACUCACUGGCAAUUUUUAAAUUUUGUGAACGACCUAAAGAUAAAAUCCAAUUUUACAGUUGGUGUGAAGAGAAGCAAUGAAGAUCAGAGCUGCCUUUUCAAACUUUUUAAAGGUUCGAGUUGAAAAAACAAACCAAAAAAAAGCAGUACUCAGUGAUUUGUUCCCCAGUAAUGUCAGAGAAAUAAUUAUAAUGUCAAGCAAUACCCUGGCCCUGAUAGGUGGUAGUCACUGCUCUUAUGAUGAUUAUCUGACUGAGUACCUUUGAAUGUGCUCAUUUGUUUGCUUGGUCUAUUUUUCUCCAUUUCAUUUGAUUUGCAUUUUUCAUGAAGUUUAUAUUCACUGAAUUUUGAUCAUUUCUUUUACGAGGAGUUAAUAAUUUGAUUUGGUUCAACCUUGCUUUUUGUUUUUCUGUAUCAUGCUAUAUAAUUAUUGUUAGAAAAAGAAUGAUGAUGUACUUUUUGUACAAAUUAGUUUGUUUCCUAAUAUAUAUUAUCAGGUUUUUCAUGUAUAUUUUAACAGAACUGAAAUGUUAUUUUGUUAUUGAAGAUUAAAUUAUACCUUUUUUAGCGCUGUGUUUCAAGUUAGAUCAGAAGCAUUUAUGGAAACGUGGAAGGGGGAACUGAAAAACAGGGUUUUUAUCCAGAUCCACCCAACACUGACUGCAUCUCUCACUCCUCCACCAGCAGCAAGUUAAUCACCAGUUUGCACAAACAUGAAGAUUUCAUCAACCAUCACAGAUACCAAAUAAUAACCGAAAAACACAUUUUCAUCCUUCAGAAUUUAACAGUGUCUUUUUUACUUGAAGAGUUUGGAGAGGUGACUAUGAGCCUGACCGUUACUGGACCUACAAUUAAACCAAACUCCACCUAACUAAAGUGUGUUUUCAGAUAUUCGCACCCAGUAAACAAAAAAUUAGGCAACAAUUUGAUCAAAUUCAAUUGGCAGCUAUUUGGUUGAGAACUGCAUAUUUUUUCACCAAAAUAGCAAUGUCUUGCUCCACAAUGAAAAAUGUAUUAAAAAGGAUGUUUUGCACUAGAAAGUAAUCAGCAGGUGAAUCAUUUCAUCGAUGAGCCAGCGUUGGCUCUUAGAUUUGUUGGUCAGGCUCUAGACUCUUCUGCCUCAUAGCUCCCGGGAGCAAUAACUGUCAUGGCUGCUGGAUUCUGGGUAAAUUCUGUUUUUUUGUCGCAAGUCUUCCUCCUGUACCAAGUGCAGGUGUAAGUGUUAGUGUGUGUGUGUAGAAAUGGAAACUUGAUUCAAGGUGAAAGUUUAAGUUUAGACGGAGAGGAGUCAUUUUUUUUAACCUUUGAAGAGAAGGAAGGAAGAAAGGCACAGAACAAGAGGAAGCAGGAGGGAGAACAAAGGAUUCAAGAGGCUUUUGAGAAAAGUUAAAAAGAGGAAUUUAAAAAAACAAAUUAAAAACUGGAGGGUACUCAUCACUCGAAUGGCUGUACAGGGUUGCUUGUUGGACUGCUCAUUUAAAACGCCACACUCUUAAGACCAACACCUGCAGCUGCUCUGCUGGAAGCCCAAUGGUGCUACUGUCUUGUUUUGCUCCUUUGCAAUUUGUGUGUGUCAGUCUUUGGCUAACUGAUAGUCCUGACCACAGAGUAGCAUGGACUUUGCGUUGUGGCUGGAUCCACUCUGUAGCUCAUUAUCCCGACCAAACUGCAGGUAUCUGCAGUAGAGGAAGCAUCACAAGGUUCAAGGGAAUAACUGAUCAUUAGAGCUCUGACGACGAGAAACCUGCUGUACAUGUGGUGUAGGAGCCUAUCUAUAAUAAGUUAAUGUUAUUUUUUAAACUCUGAUGCACCUCGCAAGGAGCAGAUGUAAAGAUGAAGCACAUUUCUUUACCAGGGGCUGGAGCAGGGCGGGUGAGGAGGCAUAACUCUGUACAUUCAUACUUUAUAUUUCUAACUUAUUUACUCAUACAUUCAGGCUGAAUUUUAGCAGGACUUCCUUUUCAAGGUCUGCAAGGUUUUUCUCAUACAUCUAUCAGCGCUAUGUAGCUUCAGUGGUCUCUGUGAACAUGCAACAAUAAGAAAAGAAAAAAAGGCAGCACUAUUCAAGGAGCAAUAAUCAGUUUGAGUCCAAUGAAAAAAGAAAAAGUCCUUAAAUGUCUCUGAAAAACCACUUAAUAAAUUGCCAUUGGGCUGACUCUAAUAAUGAUGUGACCACUGAGAUUCUUACUGUUGCAUUCAUUGUUAGUAUUUUAUAAACAAAAAUGGAUUACUCUGAGAGACCUCUCGUGUGGACGUUCUGCCGUUUUCUUUGCUUUCAUUGUUAAGAGACAGACUCUUCCCUGUGCCUGGAUCCGAAAUCUGCAGUCUACCAAAGUGGCAAAGAUAAAGGAAUGGAUACAAAAGACACAACAUCCCUGACAACUUCACAACAGACUGCGACAGACUCUUUUUAUCUCCCUAAUCCAAAGGGAGAAAACUGUCAGAAGCUGUUUCUGUACACGUGGCAGCCUGUUGAAAUCUGUUGAUUUGUCUUUGCAGGCAUGUUUCCUGUGACAAAACUGACUUAUUUUACAUGUUGGUUGCUGUUUCAUGUUUACAUCAUUUACUGUUUUACUUUUACCUCAUUGGAGAUGGCUUCAGUUAUGGCCAGAUGUGUAAAUUAUAAAGCGUGAAUGUCAUCUGUGGAUUAGACAUCAGACACAGCGAUGCCGUCCCUGAAUAAUAGGAGUGAAGGUGAAGCCGUGCAGGUACAAAGUGGUUCAUUGGAAUGUGAGGCUUGUGUUUUAUCUUAAAUUUGCACAGAGAGUGGGCUCAAUUAUAGCAAAACACCCACACUGUACAAUGCAUUAUAAAUCUCAGAACCUAUUUCUACAUUGGGAAACUAGUUAUACAUUUUUACAAAGAUAGGGAAAAUCAAAUUUAGGGUGAAAUUGUCAUGUAGACUGAACCUGACUGUGAGGUGUUUUUUUGCUAAUGUCUUACUGUUUUCACACAUUUUCAGAAAUCAGAUAUCCUAUUUACAUCCUCCAAAAGCUAUCGAUGACACAGACAUCAUUUUCGAAUUGUCAUUUACUGCCAUUAGAAUGUGUUUUGUAAAUAUUUUCAUGGUUAAAAAUACAAAUUAACAAAUCGUCAUGACCAAAAUGAAAUAUUUACCCAUAAUUGGCUUGUUAAGUUUAGUUUCUGUCUGAAAGCCCUAUCCUGUCAAAAUUGGUGGUGCGUAUAAAACUAAGUAGUCGAUGGAAAGUUAAAGAGAAAGUCAUUACUGAAGACAUCUUGAUCAGUUAUUUUGCCCCUUUUGCCCAAUAGACAGACCUUCACAUGACCGUGCAUACGCGUCAAUCAGUGUAUGAGCAUAUCCACGUCUGGUGGUGUGUUACAUAGUCUUCAUUGUUCUAUCCUGGGACUGAAGAUUGCUGUUUAAUUAUGUUAUAUACACAAUAUUUGAAUAUAUACAUACAUAUAUAUAAAUUCAUGUGCCAAAUCCAGUUCUUGUUCAGUCUGAUCCAUUCCAAACCCAUGUUUGUACUGUAGGAAACCUUCUGUACAAGUCAGUAUAAAAUAUUGUUUCUCUCCAGUAGUCCCUUGUAACUGGUGCCAUUAAACAAUACUAUUCAAACUUGAAAUAAACAUUGAAUAAAAAAUGUGA